AUGGCAAGUAAGUAAGAAAAUGGGCAUGUGGAAUUGUUAAAGACCAGAUUAAGAGAACUUGCAUGGUUAUACAUUAAAGCAUGACUUGUCAAGAAUUCAAAGUGAAUUGAAAGUAAAUUUCACAUUUUUGUCCAAAAAAGCCAAAACAAAAAUAGAAGUUUGGAGAUUGUUUUUUUUUUUUACUACUCAGUUAUAUCGAACUAAAAUUAAAUAAUCCUGUUUGACCCUUUCAGGGUUAUACACUAAAGAAAGAAUUGCCAAGAAUUCAUAGCGAAUUUUAAAAUAAUAGGUAAAAAUAGCCGAACUGCAGACAUAACAUAGACUUGUAAGCUUGUUUGAGCAUCUUUAACCUAUUGUUUCUGUAAGUGUUUGUAAUUGUCUCAUUUAUUGUUAUAUCUCCCCCUUUGAAAAUAUUGUAAAGCGCUACAGAAUAUGCUGGCACUAUAUAAAUACCAGUAGUAAUACUAAUAAUAACAGACUUGGAGAAUUUCAAAUUCGGCUAUUUUGGUUUUAAAUUUGCUUUGAUUUUCAGACAAUGACCACUGUAAAGUAAUUCAUUUUAAAUCGCUCAGGGUUAUUUUACUAAAGUGAUUAUUGAUGUGAGUUCAAAGUGAAUUCAAAGAUAAUUUCAAAAUGUAGCCUCAAUAAAGAAAUUAGAAAAAUUCUCCAACACGAUUGUGUUUUCACUUUGACCAUUUCGGCCUUAAAUUUGAAAUUCACUUUGAUUUGCCAGCACUCCUUACUUAAGUGAAUAACCCUGUGUAUGUUACUGCAAUAUAGAAAAUUAUAGCCGUGAAAACCCAUCAUAAAAAAGAGAUAAUGCAUAAUGUUUUUUUUUUUAAUUUUUGUCAGCUUGUAGUAUAUAAUGUAAGUCUAAAAAGUAAAAAAAAAAAAAAAAAUCGGUUUUAAUUAAAGGUAAUUGUUCAUGCUAUAUUUUUGUUCUGCACGAACUUGCCUUGAAAAGAUUAAAAAUAUAAAAUAUAUCUAUAAUUUUUUAAUAUGCGUUAAUGUCUGUAAGUAUAUAGUCUUAAUGUUUCUGUGUUGAAAGAAACUACAAUCAAACAUACAAUGUAACUAGCAAAGGCAAGCUUACGGCAGCCAAUCAUUCUUUGAGACUCGACAUUCAGGAAGUUAUAAAUUCAAUGACUCAUUGAAACAUCUAGUCUGUAUAAAUCCUUAAAUACUUUACAACAAAGAUAUGUCACUCAUCUAAAAUCAUGAAAGGAUUAUGGAGUUUGGGAGAUGUCCCAUAAUGAUGCCAAAUGGAUUGUGGUUUUUGAAGUACUUGAUUAAGAGGAAUACACGGGAUUAAGAGGACACUAGAGUAUCGCAGUUUGAUAACAAUUUAGAAAAUUGGGCAGACUAUAUGGGCCGAAUGGUUCUUAUCUGCCGUCACAUUCUAUGCUUCUAUGAGCUCUGCUUUUUUCAGAGGUAAACUGCAAGCUUGACAAUCUUGCCUCUGAUGAAAUGAGGUUUGAGCGCAUCUUGGAUUCACUAUAAUAAAACACAUACAGGGUGAAUUGUCAAGAAUUAAAAGUUAAUUACGAAUGUUAGGUCAAAACAUCUGAAGCGGAGAGACUCUCUAAUAAGACAGCUUCUGAAAUUCACUUUGGAUGCACUUUAAAUUCUCAACAAUUCACAUUUUAGUUCAUUGAAACUGAGAGUGGUUAUUCUUGAAAAUAAAAUGAUUUUUACGUCACUAUAAACAAAAAUAUAAAAAUAUUUGAAAAAUAUUAAAUUAUUUGAAAAGCUUAUGCAAGAAUAUUAAAUUGAGGGCUGUAUUUGUACAAAACAGACUCCUCUAUAUGUUUUCUUUAUUCUUUCUUCCUUUUCUUAAUUUCUCUUAUUCCAUCUUCAUCUCUUUAUAGUGUUUCAUCAACGUUUAAUAUUUUAUAUAGACAGUGAAAUUUUUACACAUACAUAACAAUUCCUAACUAUGAGGACCACUGUUAGAUAUAUUAUGCAUUUAACAUUUUUGUUAUAUGUUAUUAAAAAUUGUCUUAUGUUAGCUUUAUAUAUAAAAUAUAUUCUGUAGUUUUCAUAGAUUGCAGAUCUUAGACUUGAAGAAAGACAAGCUUAUAUAUAUAUUAUAUUUUGGAAUAUACUAUUGUGGCUGCAUAUUGCUGUUGUAUGUUUUAUUUUGAUAAUAUGCAGUAUUGUUAUAUUAUUAUACUUUUUUUUAAUGUGACAACACAUUUUGCAGCACUGUAGAUGGGUACAAUUGGUACAAGUAAAAAUGCAAAGGUACAGUACAUCUGAGAAAAUACAUAAGUUGACAAACAAACAGAAAUUCAGGGUCCUUUUCCAAUGGGAAUUUACAGUCUAGAUGCAUAGGAUGGGUGAGAUGGGGACUGCAAAGGUGGAAAUUAUAUUAAUACAGAUGAGAUGAUGGUAUUUAUUGGAUAUGUAGUGAAAUGUGUUAGUGAGUUGAGUGUUAAGGAGCGCUUAAACUAGGGGAAAGUGUGACAGUGCAGGAAAGUGAGUAAUAUAAAAUCUUAAAAUGUCUUAAUAAAGGCAAUGUUUCAUACAGAAUCGUCUUCAUCAAGCCUUUGCCAAGUUACUCGGGGAAGAUACGUUGAAUAGAAUUGCCUUCUAUUUCUUUGGUUUGUUGGAAUAAAGUAAACUUUUAAAAUUGUGAAGUCUUAGAAUCCUAAUAAAUGUAGUACUAUAAAGCUUAUAGUAACCUACAAACUUAUAAAACCUAAGGUACUGUCUUUCCAAGGUUUCUGUGAUGUUGGUAUAAACAGGUGUACCAAAUGAUUUUCAAAAUGGAGGUCAGUUAACUACUGUGAAGAAAAUGGACUUUUAAUUGACAUUUUCUUCUUUAUUCUGUAUUUUUCCUGUGUUACUACCUGUAUAGUGAAUGUAUUAGUUCGUUAGUUUGAAACUACCGAACGCCGACCACCCUCCUGGCUUAUUAACUACAAAGGAACCAGCUAUUAAGUGCUCCCUGGGCGGCCGCUGUUCGUAUAGCCGAACGCCACGUGGAAUAGAAAACGGCGGCCAUCUUGUUUGCACAAGGGGAGUCAGCGGGACUUGGUCGUCGAGUGUCUGGAACUAAAAUCGGAACGCCGGCUUCUUUUAUUUCCCGAACAACCAGGGAAGCGCCGUUCGGUAGUUCUAUGCGAACGGACAAGGGGAGCAAUCGCUGCUAUGAGCCAGGGGGAUCCAUUCGGGACUUUUGUUCGGUUUUUACAGAUUUGUGAAUUGACCGACCGAACACGCUGAAUUCAUGGAACUGUUUUGGGCAGGAGCCGCGUGUGUGGUCGGUAAAAGGGACCCUCCACACUUUUUCAGAACCCCUGAACCGAUCUGGGUGAAAUUUGGAUAUGUUUGUCCCCCAGAUCGGGGCUAUCAGGGGAUAUGUAAUGUGUGAGGAUACCUUGUGGGGAAAGGGGUGUUCUAAGUUUUGGGGAAAUUGUGUGCUCUCUGCCUGGAGAUAAUUGGUUUAUUCCUUAACUUAUCUCAAUAUCUCCCAGGCAGAGAGGAGGUGUGUAUUACUGUAAAUCUGUAAGUUGAUUGGCUGUUGUCUUUGUUUGCUGUGGGAGGUCCUCUUGCAGGUGGAUUUCUCAUAAAAGCCCAUUUGUGUCAAUAAAAUGAAUUCCUGUUACACCCUUCAUGAAGUCUAGGCCUUUGGUGGAUAUUCUACUUGCUGGGAAGAAUCACCUUGGAACUGCAUUUCAUCUCCCUUAUUCCUCUACUCCCUGCUGCAGCUAUAAUCACUCAUGCUCAGCUGUUGGGAAAGGGAACAGAAGACCGCAGCACCAUAACCACUGCAGGUCUUAACAACUGGUGGCAAGCAACGGGAUUGAAUGGAAUGCAUAAGGACAACUGGUGAAUGGCCCAGCAGUACAAGAAACUAAAAAGGACUACACUAAAGGAUCUGCUGGAAGCUCUGGGAACAAGUGGCCAGCAACAAAAAGAAAGCUACCCUCAUAGCGGAAUUAAUGGAGGGCGACCAAACCAGCAGCAUGGCGGAUGUCAGCCAGGAGGAAGCUGAAUUUCAACAAAAGGUGAUGUGGAGGCUAAACUUAUAUGGGCCAAAUCCCACACCUGAGAUGGUGACGCAAGUGCUGGCACAAGUGAGCGCAGAGCACAGCAGGCAAGCGUGAACCCAGGAGACGCUUCCCUAGCUGGAUCUAUAAAUGGAGGGCAGCGGAGAAAGAUUAACUAUGCUGCUUUUAAAAGUUUCUCAGAUGGAGAUAUGGAAAUUGACACAUAUCUGCAGGAUUUUGAGUGUCAAUGCGCGUUGGAGUGUCUGGAAUCGGAGCAAUGGGCCGCGAUUUUAAGCAGUAAGCUUACUGGCCGAGCAACAGAGACGUACCGAGCAGUUCCUGCCACAGCCAUACACGACUACGCCAGGGUAAAAGACAUUCUGCUAGCCAGGUAUGCCGUGACACCAGAGACUUACAGGAAAAAGUUUCGGCAUUACGGAAAGGGGGCCGAAACUCCUACACCGAGUGGGCCUUUAGAAUGUAUCGGGCAGCCCAAAACUGGAUAUAAGGCUGCCAGGCCACAACGCUAGAGGAGGUGCUGCAACUCCUCUUGCUGGAACAAUUUUUUGACCACACACCUGCAGAUACCAGGGACUGGGUCAGAGAAGUGGCUAAGCUAGCAGAUGAGCAUCAUGAAGGAAGAAAAGGAGAAGCGGGUGGGAACCGUCCUCUGGUAAGGUACAGCUCCCCAACGGCAGGUCCUGUGGCCAACCCUAGACCAAACCAGGUACCACCCACGACGCAGCCUAAUUUUAAUAGAAGAACCCCUGUAGUAUGUCACCAGUGCAAUCAGCCAAGGCACUACAAAAUACAUUGCCCUCAGCGAAGCAGAGGCAACUGGGAGCGGCCCCCACCACCACCAAGGGCCGCCACUCACCACUACCAGCAUGAACCCCUGGAAGAGCACAGCCUAGAUGUGGAGCAGUGGGCCGUACUACAUGAGGUGAACCUAGCCCAUGCCAAGGGAGACAACAGGGUGCACCACAGACAAUGGGUCACCAUAGACGGAAAAGAGGCAGAUGCGCUACGAGACUCUAGGGCUACCCUUACCUUGGUACAACCUCACACCGUGUCUGCAAAGGCGCGCACCCAUAAGACUGUAGCCGUAAGAGUGGCAGGGGGCACCAUCCACAUGUUACCCACCGCCCGGGUACAGUUAAACUGGGGCACCGGAGCCAAGCAGAUGGAGGUGGACAUCAUGUCGGGACUACCUGCGGAAGUUUUGUUGGGGAUCGAUUUGGGGUGUCUAACUUCACAGCUGACUCACCCCGAUCCCGCUGGAACCUGCCCCGUGACUACCAGGACACAAGCCCACCGGGCUGGACCGACACACUCCGAGGAACCACAGGUAGGAACCGAAACCCCCGUAACCUGCCCUAACCCUAUUCCCUUCUGGGGCACUCCCCAAGAUUUUGGCCAAGCCCAGCAGUCAUAUCCCACCUUAGCGGGGUACAGGAAGGCAGUAGGGAUCUCUAAGGAAGGUAAUGUCCACGAGAACUUCCACUGGGACAAGGGACUGCUAUAUAGGGUCACAGGGGGAGUGGGACAGGGGGCAGCCCAAGUUAUAAAAAGGCAGUCAGUCGUACCUCGUAAAUACCAGGCGGAGCUGCUAAAGCUCAGCCAUGAUAUCCCGCUAGCAGGGCAUCUGGGUAUCAAGAAAACUAAGGACCGCCUUACCCAGACGUUCUUCUGGCCGGGGAUCUCCAAAGAUCUGCAGACCUACUGCAGGACAUGUGACACAUGUCAAAGGAUAGGGAAAAGGGCGGACCACCCUAAGGCCAAGUUAUGGUCCCUACCGAUAAUAGAGGAACCAUUCUACAGAGUGGCAGUAGAUCUGAUAUGGCCUCUCAGCAAACCCAGCUCCUCCAGUAAGUGCUACAUCCUCACAGUGGUGGACUACGCCACCAGGUACCCUGAGGCUGUAGCGCUCUCCAACAUUGAGGCAGAGACAGUAAGAGAGGCUCUAGUCAGGAUCUUUUCCCGGGUAGGGUUUCCCCGAGAAAUAAUCUCAGAUCAGGGAACCCAGUUCACGGCAACUGUAACGCAACAGUUGUGGCAGAGCUGCGGGGUGAAGCCGUUAUUUAGCUCCCCUUACCACCCCCAGACUAACGGUCUCUGCAAACGCUUCAACGGCACACUUAAGCAAAUGCUCACGGCGUUCACAGAGUCCUAUGGUCAAUGGGAGAAGUUUUUACCUCAUCUCCUAUUUGCCUACCGAGAAGUGCCUCAGGCGUCCACUGGGUUCUCCCCCUUCGAACUCCUAUACGGGAGAAAAGUCCGGGGACCCCUGGACCUCAUACGGGAGCACUGGGAGGGCAACACAGGAGAGGAGGGGAUCCCGGUUUUGCCAUACAUGCUGGAGUUCUGGGACCGCUUGCAGGCCCUGACCGAAUCAGUUCGGGAGAACCUGCAGGCGGCCCAGAAAUGUCAGAAACAAUGGUAUGAUCGGGGAGCCCGAGACAGGAACCUGGAGGUAGGGCAAAAAGUACUAGCCCUCAGACCUUCCAAAAAGGAUAAGCUCCAGGCAGCUUGGCAGGGGCUAUUUAAAGUGGUAGAACGAAUUAGCGACACCACCUACAUUGUGGCUAAAUGUUCCAAUGAAAGGGUCAUACGAGCCUUUCAUGUGAACAUGUUGAAGCCGUACUUCGAACGCUCCGAGGACGUGGCCGCCAUCUGUGCCCCAUCUUCUGAUGAUAGUGAAGGGCUCCCCUUGCCCGACCUGCUGGCAGCUAACCAAGGUACCUUAGAACAGGUCGGGUUAGGAGAGAAAUUAGACACUGCCCAGCAGGCAGACGCAAAACAACUGCUGUGGGAAUACAGUGAGCUUUUCUCAGUCCUACCCAGGUACACCUCCACCGCAGUGCACCGGGUGGAGACGCAGGGGGAGACCCCCUUACGUUAGCAGCAGUACCGUAUUCCGACAGCAGUGCGGACUAGCAUGUGGAAGGAAAUUCAAGAGAUGUUAGAACUAGGGGUUAUUGAGGCUUCCCAAAGUCCCUGGGCGUCUCCGGUGGUUUUAGUACCGAAGCGAGACGGUACGACUCGCUUCUGUAUUGAUUACCAGAAAUUGAACGACCGGACUAUCACGGACGCCUACCCAAUGCCGCGGAUCGACGAACUGCUCGAUCGCAUGGCCAGCGGGCACUUCCUAACUACCCUAGACUUGUGCAAAGGAUACUGGCAAAUCCCGCUAGAUCUGGUCGACAUCCCUAGGUCGGUAUUCGUCACCCCAUUCGGGCUAUACCAAUUUCAGGUUAUGCCGUUUGGGAUGAAGAAUGCCCCAGCUACGUUUCAAAGAAUGGCGGACCGACUUCUGGAGGGAAUGUAGGACUUCGCAUAUGCCUAUCUAGAUGAUAUUGCCAUCUAUAGCAGCAUAUGGGAGUCACACCUGUCGCACUUAGCUAUGGUAUUUGGGAAGUUACAGGAAGCUGGCCUCACCCUGAAACCUGAGAAAUGCCAUGUGGGCAUGGCCGAGGGUAUAGAGUAGGGUCUGGGAAACUGUGCCCCAAACCCGCUAAAGUAGAGGCCAUAGCUAAUUGGCCCCAGCCCCACACCAAGAUGCAGGUAUUGGCCUUCCUAGGUAGCGCAGAGUAUUAAAGAAUGUUCGUCCCUGAGUAUAGCACCCUAGCCAAACCCUUUACCAACAUGACCAAAAAGUCCCUACCUAAGCAGGUAGCGUAGUCCCCGGAGUGUGCAACAGCGUUCCAGAGACUUAAAACGGCUUUGAGCGGAGCUCCAGUACUGGCGACCCCAGACCCUAACAAAACAUUUCUCGUCCAUACAGAUGCCUCCAUGUUUGGGCUGGGAGCCGUGCUGAGCCAGAUGGGGGAAGACGGCAUAGAGCACCCGGUGGCAUAUCUCAGUCGCAAGUUGCUACCUAGGGAGGUCAGCUAUGCCACCGUGGAAAAAGAAUGCCUGGCGCUAGUAUGGGCAUUAAAGAAACUUCAACCGUAUGUUUAUGGCCGUGCUUUUACCCUACUGACUGACCACAACCCCCUCAUUUGGCUCAACCGAGUCUCUGGAGACAAUCCCCGGUUGCUACGCUGGAGUUUGGAGUUGCAACCUUACAAUUUUACGCUGCAAUAUCGUCCGGGCAAGCAGAAUGGCAAUGCGGAUGGGCUUUCCCGUCAAACGGACUUGGAUGUUUAAUUAUGUUACCUGGACAUCCCCUAGCCAACCCGUCAGGGUCUAGGUGGGUAUGCCGAACCAUGGAACUAAGGGGGUAUUGUGAAGAAAAUUGACUUUUAAUUGACAUUUUCUUCUUUAUUCUGUAUUUUUCCUGUGUUACUACCUGUAUAGUGAAUGUAUUAGUUCGUUAGUUUGAAACUACCGAACACUGACCACCCUCCUGACUUAUUAACUACAAAGGAACCAGCUAUUAAGUGCUCCCUGGGCGGCCGCUGUUCGUAUAGCCGAACGCCACGUGGAAUAGAAAACGGCGGCCAUCUUGUUCGCACGAGGGGAGUCAGCGGGACUUGGUCGUAGAGUGUCUGUAACUAAAAUCGGACACUCGACCUCGCGAACUACCGCUGAAACUACCGUACGCCGGCUUCUUGUAUUUCCUGAACAACCAGGGAAGCGCCGUUCGGUAGUUCUAUGCGAACGGACAAGGGGAGCAAUCUCUGCUAUGAGCCAGGGGGAUCCAUUCGGGACUUUUGUUCGGUUUUUACAGAUUUGUGAAUUGACCGACUGCACACGCUGAAUUCAUGGAACUGUUUUGGGCAGGAGCCGCGUGUGUGGUCGGUAAAAGGGUCCCUCCACACUUUUCAGAACCCCUGAACCGAUCUGGGUGAAAUUUGGACAUGUUUGUCCCCCAGAUCGGGGCUAUCAGGAGAUAUGUAGUGUGUGGGGAUACCUUGUGGGGGAAGGGGUGUUCUAAGUUUGGGGGAAAUUGUGUGCUCUCUGCCUGGAGAUAAUUGGUUUAUUCCUUAACUUAUCUCAAUAUCUCCCAGGCAGAGAGGAGGUGUGUAUUACUGUAAAUCUGUACGUUGAUUGGCUGUUGUCUUUGUUUGCUGUGGGAGGUCCUCUUGCAGGAAGAUUUCUCAUAAAAGCCCAUUUGUGUCAAUAAAAUGAAUUCCUGUUACACCCUUCAUGAAGUCUAGGCUCAUGUUUGGGGGAUAUUCUACUUGCUGGGAAGAAUCACCUUGGAACUGCAUUUCAUCUCCCUUAUUCCUCUUCUCCCUGCUGCAGCUAUAAUCACUCAUGCUCAGCUGUUGGGAAAGGGAAGAGCAGCACCAUAACCACUGCAGGUCUUUAACAACUACAUUGGGAAAAAUAUGAGUUGGAUUUGACCAUUUUGGCCAGCAUUAGGAGUGUCAUUUUUUUUUUUCAAUCAUUGCAUAUUAUUACUUAGUGAACAAAUAUUUACAGGGUAAUUGAUUGAAAUGUGCAUUUCGUGCAAAACAGCCUUACGUUAGAGAACUGUGAAUGCAGAGUAAUAGAUAAGAAUUAGAAUAUAUACAUCGGUGCUCCAUGCUCAACUUGAUAUGUCCACAAUAUGCAAAAUAAAACAUUACAAAAAAGAUAUGCACAUUUGGCAUUCCUGCAUUCUUUGCAACUUUUGGAAUACAUUCUUACCAAGCCAGGAAACUAUUCUUUAAGUCAUAAUCAUUUAACUUUUCAUAGAACUGCUGAGAUUACCUUGUGAGCUGUGUUCUAUUGUCAAAGCAGGGGUUCCCCAGUGUAGUACAAUUGAGCAGAAGUAUUUCUGAAGCAAAAAGAGAAACACUGCAGGUUAGUAGGGUAGGUCAGAAACGGUAAGCUUAUAGUAAAAAUUAAAUUAUUGGUAAUAACAAAUACAUUAAUAAUGAAGUGUAUUAAUAAAAAAAUAAAACACCAGGUAUAUCCAACUGGAAUAUAUAAUUAAAAUUGUAAUGUAAACUGUAAUGAUAGCCCAAAAGAUUUAUACAGUCUCACACAGAACCUAACAUCGGAUAUGUGAAACCGCACUAAUAUUAAAUUACAAAGGAUCUGCCCUUCAAAUAAAUCAAAUGGUUAAUUUCCAAAGAUACAAAACACUACUAAAUGAUAUUGAUGGUUAUUAUAAUGUGACGGAGCCAGGGCCGUCUUUAAUAACGAAUGGACCCUGGGCAAGUGUUUGCUUGGGCCCCCUGUGCCCUGCCGCUCUCGCCCCUCACUCCCUGGUAUGCAAUCACGGCAUCCAUCCCAAUGCAGUGGCGGUACUAAAGUAGAAUGAAUUUUAUUGGGACCCCCAAUUGCAAGGUUGGACUAAAGGUAGAACCCCAUCUGUCGUGCAACUCCAACAAUGCUUUGACAGCUGGGACUCUACCAAUUUCCCAUGCUUGCAGGGUUGUAUUUAGCACUGAGCCAUGUUAGUAUGUUUGAAUGUAAGCAUGUGUUUGUAUGGAGUAUGUUUGUGUGAAUGUGUUUGUAUGUGGUACUGGAGUUUGAAUGCAAGUGUGCAUUUAUGUGUAGUGUUUGUUUUUGAAUGUAGGAGUGUGCUUGUAUGUAGUGUUGACGUUUCAAUGCAGGAGUGUGUUUUAUAUGUAGUGUUGAAGUUUGAAUGGAGGGGUGUAUUUGUAUUUAAAGUUGCGGCUCAGAUGCACAGGUACACACUCUGACGCACAAGCAGAUACACAGAUACAUACACUGACUACAUACAGAUAAACAGGCACAUACACUGACAGACACACUGACACAGGUACAUAUAUUGACACACACACAGACACAUACACUGGUAGACGUACUGACAGACAUACUGACACAGGCACAUAUACAGACAUACUGACACACAGACACAUACACUGAUCAACAUACUGACACACAUACACUGACAGAAAUACUGACACCCACACACUGACAGAUAUACUGACACACACACACAGGCACAUACACUGAGACACACAGACUGAUAUACUGACACACACACACACAGACAUACUGGCACACAGACAGAUAUACUGACACAUGCAUACACAUGCACUAACAGACAUACUGACGCACUGACAGACAUACUGACACAUACACAUACUGACACACACAGAUAUACACACACAUAUAUACUGACACACAGACAGACAGACAUACUGACACACACACACAGACAUACUGACACACACACAGACAUGCUGACACACACACACAUACACUAACACACACACUAACACACACAUACACUAACACACAUACACACACACUAACACACAUACACAAACACACACUAACACACAAACACACACACUAACACACACAUACACUAACACACAAACACUAACACACACAUACACUAACACACACACACACACACACACACUAACACACAAACACAUACACUAACACACACAUACACACAAACAAUUUUUUUUUUUUAAAUGUAAUCCCCCCAGCCUCCUUACCUUUUGGAGUGCUGGGGGGAUUCCCUGGGGUCCAGUGGUGCUGCUGGGCUCCUGGGUGGGUGGCCGGUCGGGCAGGAAGGCGGGCGCGCGAGGGAGCACUCACUGAUUCCUCUUCAGCUCCCUUGUGCGCCGCGUAGGGAUGCCGGCGCCGGAAGAUGACGUCAUCUUCCGGCUCCGGCAUCAGUGCGGUGCGCGAGGGAGCUAAAGAGGAAGCAGUGAGUGCUCCCUCGCGCGCGCGCCUUCCUGCCCGACCGGCCACCCACCCGCCGGGGUCAGCGGGGCCCACGGGGCAGGUGCCUCGGGCCCCCCAAGAGAAACUGGGCCCGGGGCAGCUGCCCCGUUUGCCCCGCGUUAAAGACGGCCCUGGACGGAGCUCCUAUACUGUGACUGAAUACCACCGCUAGUUUAGCUUUUUCGCUGCUACCAGGGACUCUGAAGUGCUUCAGACCCAGUUGUCGAAGGAUGACUGCGGUUUCUGAGAACCUCUCCCCCGGACCAGGGUACCGUGACUAUAGCUCCUAUAGAGCAGUGAUUAUAGCAGGGCAGUAAUUAUAGCCUUUUUCUACCCAAAUACUUGUCGAAACAUAACAUAGUGUGAAACACAACUGACCUUUAUUGAAAACAACACAUCUAUGUGUAUACGUUGCAGUGGUACACAAAGUUCCCCCUCCACUGCAACCCCCACCCCAAACAGCACAGUGAGCCCAAAUCAACAUAGCAGUAUAGAUUUAGGAUAGCAACCAAUUACACUAUAACAUUUAAUUGCCUUACAAUUAGUGUGAAUGGAGUACUAUAGUUGGAGUACUAUAGUUACAAGGAAGGGUGGGGACAAACAAUAACAAGGGUUGAGGACCACAUGGAAUUUUUAAAGGAGUGAAAGGACAAUCACUUUGAACUGGUCUGGUAGUGUCCCAAGAACAAUGGAAUAAUACCCUGCUGGGAAAAUAAUAAAGGGUAAUGCAGACGUGGAUCCUGUGCAUACUGUGCCUAGAGGGAUAUCAGUUACAACUUACUGACGAGGCCCAAAGAAGGCUGAAAUGAUCGUCUAGGAUUGCUGUAUCUCUCGUGCAGAGAGAAUUUGCUGGCAUUUUGGUUCUGGACUGCCCUUACGGGUGGGAUUAGUCUGAUAUGCUUCGGAUAUAUUCUCUCUGUAAUUGCUCAAGUGAGCAAAAACUAUUUUGAGACCUGAGAGGGGAUGGCCAGUGGGCACCAUGAUCGCAGAAGUCCACAGGGAAGCCGGGCCUGCGACCCCUGCGACCGUGGUAGGUCUGCCACUGUGCAGCACCUUAUGUGCUUGUUCUGUCUAUGGAGUUUAUAAAAAAAUAUUAAUACACAGCCUAUAAAUAUGGCCAUAUAUACUCAGAAGCUACUUUAACCCUUGCUGGACUACCAACAUAAUUUUAGAUUCAUAUUGCCCCUACCGUGUUGGUUCCUAUAUUGACCUUUCAAAUUUGUUUAGGUAUGUCAACUUAUAGUUGUAUUUCUGUUUAUGUUUUUUAUUAAAGGAACACUAUAGGAACUGUAACGGCACCCCCAGGCAUAAAAGGGGUUAACAGCCAUUUAGGAGAUAUUCUGUUCCAGAUAUACAGGCAGCUACUGUAGACACCAAUCCACCGAACCGGAGAAGCAUACGAAUGCUCUCAAACAUACAAUUGCAGUAAACAGCCGAAUUGGAAAAACCAUACGAAUAGGUUUACACUCCUAGCAGUCGAACUGGAACAGCAUACAAUAAAUCCCCCCCAAGAACGAGACAAGGCUCCGUUUUGAGGGUCAAGCAGGAACAGACCAGAGCUGUGGGUUUAUUGUUCUUAUACACACAUUCUUACACAUUAGUACCACCCACAGGGUUUUGUAAAACAACCAAUAAACACGUACAAUACACUCAGACACUCCCACACAAAAUCCUCCCCUCUGCCUGUGAUACAAUUCAUACGUCAACAUCAUACAAAUUUGUCCAGUGGUUCAAAAGAUAGAUUGUAGUCCUUUGUGACCAAAUGAAGCAUGGCUUUUCUGCCCAAAACCAGUUCCACAGAGUCUUCUAUCCUGGAGAUAAUUGGGAAGUAAUCCAAUUAUCUCCAAGGACAGAGGCAAAACUCCAUUGAACACAUGGUAGCAAAAGACAAUAAAAUACAUAAAAAUAUAUAACUGUGCAGCUAUUGCAUAAAACAGGUACAUUCAACAUAUAAUAGAAACAUAGAAACAUAGAAUGUGACGGCAGAUAAGAACCAUUCGGCCCAUCUAGUCUGCCCACUUUUUGAAAUCCUUUCAUUAGUCCCUGGCCUUAUCUUAUAGUUAGGAUAGCCUUAUGCCUAUCCCACGCAUGCUUAAACUCCUUUACUGUGUUAACCUCUACCACUUCAGCUGGAAGGCUAUUCCAUGCAUCCACUACCCUCUCAGUAAAGUAAUACUUCCUUAUUUUUAAACCUUUGUCCCUCUAAUUUAAGACUAUCCCCAGAUAGCUUAGAUCUGAGCACACAUUAUUACUGAAUGGUGCUCAGAUCACAUACAUACAGUUCAAUUGCCAUGGAGCCAAAGUCUUUCACAUAGUCUUUCGUUAUAUGAAUGGGCUACAUGGCAUAGCUAUCUGGGGUAUCACUGUUCAAAUAGGGCAAGUACCGAAUUACCCGGUUUUCGUGUUUUUGCAGGGGAAAAUCAAGCGUUUCAACAUGGGGCCAUAUUCUAAAGGCAGCAGGCGGGCAACCAGGCUCCUCCAAUGCACAGUGGCGAAAUUGGUCUCGUCACAGGAACCAUAACCAGGGCUGCCAUCAUGAUGGUUGUAAUGGGCCCAGUGAUCCUGGGGGGCCCAAACUGCACUUGUAAUCCUUUGUGUGCCCGGACCCCCCGCCCUCCAAUGUGCAUAUAUAUACGGCGAGUAUCGUUAUAUAAUAUAUUUAUGCCUGUGCGGGCCCUGCUUGCUUUCAAGAGGGGCCCAUGACACACUGACCUCCCACUCUGGCUCUCUCCUGAGCCAUGGCUGUAAAGAGUUGCAGCAGGUUGCCAUGAUGCAAUGCAUGUCGACCUUGCAUCAGAAGUAGAGCCCGGAGGGGGAAGAUGGAGACUGCUGGGUCCCUCUUUGCUGGCCCAACCAGCUGAGCCACCGGACCACCAGAGAAUCCAGUUCCCCCCUCGCUGGCUAAAGAUAAGAAGCAGGGAGGAAGGGAAUACAUUUUUUUUAAAAUUAAAAUUCCACAGCAAACAAAUACCCCCAGCAGCAUUUGUCCAACAUACACAUCCACUACAUAAACACAUACACAGUGUCCACUACACAAACUGCAUCCACUACACAAACACACACAUCAUCCACCACCACCACAACACACACAGCAUUCACCACUCAAACACACACACAUCAUCCACCACCUGACAAACACACAAACUGCAGCCACUACACGAACACACACACCAUCCCCUACACAAACACACUGCAAUGGCUAUACAAACACUACAUCAACUACACACACACUCUGCAUUCACUAUACACACAAACACUACAUCCAUUACACAAACACACUGUAUUUACUAUACACACUACAUCCACUACACAAACACACACUCUGCAUUCACUAUACACACACUACAUCCACUACACAAACACUUUGCAUUUACUAUACAUGCACUAUAUCCACUACACAAACACGCACUCUGCAUUCACUAUACACACACUCUAUUCACUACACAAACAAACUCUGCAUCUAAUACACACAAACAUACAUUCUGCAUCCACUAUAAACACUGCAUCCACUUUACUCACGCACUUUGCAUCCAUUACACACAUUCUACAGCCACUAUACACACACUAAAUUCAGUACACACACACUUCAUCCUUGUGGGUGAAUUCAGGAUGGGCCCUGUGGGUUGAUUUGGGGGCUGGUCAUGCGGGCGGACUCAGGGGGUGGGCCCAAACCUUGGGCUGCGUCAGGGGCCCAAAAAGUUCUGAUGGCAGCCCUGACCAUAACAAUUGCAGCUUCCACACUCAGUCAAAGUUAGUAUGAAAAUACAGAAAUAUGAACUUCUAUUUCAUCAGAUCAGUUUAAACUAGAAGGGUCUAUCUAUCUAUCUAUCUAUCGUCUACCUACCAAUCUGCCAUGUUAUUCUGUAAACAUGAAAAAUGGAGGCAGUAUUUAAGCUAACAAGUGACCAAUGUAAUGAUAGGGAAUGCAUAAAAGUAAUCAAAAUUAUAUGACAUUAAUCUACCCGCUGAGCCUAAUUUAAAAGGAUUAUCAUAAAUGAUAGCCUCUGUGAUUCAUCUUAAAAUUGCUGAAUCGUUUGAGAAAAAAAUAAACCAUACCAACAAACAGACAGAUUUAAUUGCCAGGUUCAUUUUAAAUACAGUGUUUAGAAUCCUUAAAUAGCAUACAUUUCUUACUGAAGUAAUAAAGAAACACUACUCUAUAUUUUAUUGGCUCUACUUAUAGUCUCUCUGAGAGAUGUGAUCUGCCAUAGAUGUUUAAAUGGCCCAGAUAAAGAAGAGACUACCAGUGGUAUAUAUAGGAUGAGUAAGUUGAGUUCCAAAAAUUAAACUACAUUAAUUGUGGUGAAUGGAUUUUUUUUUUAAAAAAAGUGGUCUGGGUAAAGUGUCCUUAUUGCCCUUAGUUUCAGAAAAAACAGCCAUGGUAGACAGCCAUUAGAGGGUUUUGUGGUUUGGAACGGACCUUUGGUCCGGUAUCUGACGUUGGACAUCCUCAUGCUCUGCAUGAAGCUCUCCAGCAUCAGAUUUUUCCCCAUAGGAAAGCAUUGAUUCAGUGCUUUCCUAUGGGGAGGUCUAAUGCGUGUGCAGCAUUUGCCGCGCAUGCGCGUUAGUACACGCUUAUCACAGGACGCCAGAGGGUGCGGAGUGUUGAUCCAGCUCCAAAGGACAUUGGUGCUGGGAUCAGAUAAUUAAAUAAAGGGUUUUUAACCCUUUAUUUUCCCGGGCAGGGGGAGCGCGAGAGGCAGGUGGAGCGAUAGUGCCAGGAAUGCAGCUUUGUUGUCAUGGCACUAUACUAUCCCUUAAAUUUCUGAUAUUUUUCACAGUAUUUUUCUAAACAAUACCUACUUGGUUACUGCACAUAUAACUCAAUGACAAGUGGGUAACUUACUGUACAGGUGUAAGUUGUAGAUUCUCAUGAUGAUGUCUUAUCUUGCAGCUCUUCGGGUUACAGGCUCUGAUCUUCAAAUUAGUACCAACCGAGUGGAACACCACACCAACUCUUACCAGAGUAAAGAUCUGAUUGUGAGAAGGGGCUACCCGUUCAGUGCCAAUGUGACUUUUAAUCAGUCAGUCACGAAUGAAGAUCAAAUGCAGUUCUAUGCCAGACUUGUUACAGAAGACAAAGGUAAAACCAAAGAAAUAUGCAUGGCUGUAAGAAUUCAACAGAUACUGAUAUAUAUCAAAAACAUAAUAUAGAAGGCACUAAUCUAACAAGCUGUUGACAAAGACAUACUGACUACCAUCGGUCCAGAAAAUCUAGAGACUGUUAGCAUUGUUCUUAUAUUUACACGCAGCCCAUUCAGGUCAAUUCUAAGACAUGGUAAUUUUUUUAAGUAAGUGCAAUUUCUAUAGAACUGUGCCAGCAUGUUAAUUGAUCCCAAAUAUUGGUUGAUACGUUGAAAUUGAGCUCAUUAAGAGUUCUGUCAAAGCGUUCUUAUACAGACACAUUUGGUCCUAUAAAACUAAAAUGACCACCAGUAAUGCCCCAGAUAAUGCCACUAAGUGAACACAGAUCAACCUAUUUCCUUCAGCCACUUAAUGCCACAUGUUUUGUCAUUCUUAAAUUGCUCCCAGAAUAGACUUGUUUAUCAUUCAUCAUUUGGAAGUGAAUUCCACAGCUUAACUGCCAGAACUGUAAAAAACGAAAAAUAAAUAAAUAAAAAACAUAACUUGUCCUGAGUUUCUAAAAGCCUGAAUUUGUGCACAAAUGAUUAUUUUAGCACCAACUAGUCCCUCUUUUUUCCAUAGCUAAUUGUCCAUAUAAAUGUAUUUAAUAACAUAAUGUAUGUGUUUGUUUGUUUGCUUUGUCUAAUGGAAUAGUUUUCAUUUUUCUUUGUUGAAAGUUGCUUUCCAUUUAUCUGUCCAGUCUCUAAUGUUGAGUAAAUACUUACCGUUAAAUAGGAUAUAUUAUAAUAGCAUAUGGAUUGUUAUAUAAGAUUUUGUUGCGCACAGAAAAAAAAUAAAUACAUUUUUUUGGGGGCCUUAAUCAAGAUUAUUGGUAUGAAAAAAAUUAAGAGAAUGGAAACAUCUGACUUUUGAAGUUAUCCACAUAUGGAUGUUUCUUAUAUGUCUGCAACAUAUUUUGAAACAUUCACUGUAAAAAGGAUCCAAUGCCAUAUUUUUUGAUUGUCACUGUAAAUUACCAUUGAGUAUCAACAGCAUUUACAAAUUUAUUACAUUCACCAAAUAACCUUAGUUGUUAAGAGAUUUCAUAGGAUGCAAUUUGUUUUUUACUUCUCUUGAGAUUAUUUUUCAAAGAUAUUUCAAGACUUUUGCAAUGAUGAUAGUCAAAGACUAAAUAAUGUAAGAACUAUCCAAUGGGCACUAUCAUCAUGCUCCAGUCAAAAACUAAAAGAAUACGCAGGAGGGUAAAAAUACAAUUGAGCUAUUGUAGACCAAGGGUUUGGUUGAGAACAUGGGACUACUAAGAACAGGUAAAAACAUACUGACUAUAGUUUUUACUUUUAUUAAGAUUCUUCCCCAUUGUAGUCAAAACUGAAAUUCUGGUCUUUCCUCCCUCAAGUGUUGUUACUCCUGUGUCUGUCUCCCUCCAAGUCAACAGUGCUCACUGCCUAGGUGUUCUCUUUGACUCUGACCUCUCCUUCAAGCCUCAUGUUCAAUCUAUCGCCAAAUCCUGUUAUUUCCAUCUCAAAAACACUGCGCGCAUCCGCCCCUACUUAACGCCAGAUGAGACUAAGGUGUUGGUCCAUUCCACUGUCCUUUCUCACCUUGACUACUGUAAUCUGCUUCUCAGUGGUCUUAUGUGCUCCCAACUUGCGCCGUUACAGUCCAUAAUGAAUGCGAUGGCGAGGCUCAUCUUCCUGUCUGCCCGCACCUCCCAUGCUUCACCCUUCUGUCAGUCCCUAAAUUGGCUUCCUAUAAAAUAUAUAGCUCAAUUUAAAAUUCUGGUUCUUGCUUUUAAAUCUCUACAUAAUGCUGCUCCCACCUAUCUAUCCUCCCUUAUACACAAGUAUAUCCCGUCUAGCCCCUUACGAUCUGCUGAAGACUUACGUCUAUCUUCUGUCUGUACUCCCACCUCUGAUGCUCGCCUUCAAGAUUUCUCGAGGGCUGCACCGUUCCUGUGGAACUCACUUCCCUCCUCCGUUAGAUGCUCACCCAGUCUCCAUUCCUUCAAAAAAUCGUUAAAAACCCACUUCUUCAUAAAAGCGUAUCCAUUAAACUGUUAAUAGCUCCUGACUGAUUCCUCUUCUGCAACUGUCACUAGUCUAAUACUAUCCUUACCUUUUUGUGUCCUUUUACCCCACUCCCUCUAGCACGUAAACUCAUUGAGCAGGCCCUCAACCCCUCUGUUCCUGUGUGCCCAACUUGUCUGCUUACAACUACAUGUCUGUUCGUCCACCCAUUGUAAAGCGCUGCGGAAUUUGAUGGUGCUAUAUAAAUAUCAUCAUAAUAAUAAUAUGUCCAAAUCGAUUUUGCAGAUAUAGACAUAUGGUAGUUAUAUUUUUGGAAUAGACGUCUUACUUUCUGAACAAUAUAAUUCAUUGCAUUUUAGAUGGAAACCGUUAGGACCUCAAAGGGAGAAUACAGGGCUGUUGAGGACAGGUUAUAUAUAAUGGAAUACUUAGGAAAAAAUUUGAUAUACAAGAGUAUUCCUUCCAACAUAGAAAGCUGAUGAAAGACAGGCAGGGUAAGAAAACAAAGUCUGAAGAACAGUGCAUAAAGGGUUAGGUGCAGUUAACUGAAAUUUACACUCUUGCAAUUGUGAAAUUAUGAACACAAUCUAUAUUGAUCUAGCUCUAACUUAUUACAUGUGCUUUCUGGCAUCAGGUGCCUCUUUGCUAGAAAAUCCAUUUGUAAAUUCAUCCAAAACACCAAUUAACGGCUGGGGUGUCCUGAGAGAAGCAACUGUAUCCAACUCAGUGAGACUGACCUUUUACACUCCAUCCAAUGCUGUGAUUGGACGUUAUUCUCUUGAACUGGACAUAAAUGGAGAAAGGACAAAUGUUGGAGCGUUUAUACUGCUAUUCAACUGCUGGGCCUCAGGUAAUACAAUCCAUUUACCCAUCCUGAUUUGCAGCAACAAAUGUGAACUGUGAAUGACCACAUCUAUCUGCCAAGAUAAUUAUUCUCAUAGUACUGCUAAGUAAUAUUCUAAUUUCUAACGGUGGAAAAGAGUGUUCAUUGUUAAUCCCAGUACAAGGCUAGAAACACAACAGAUUACUGCCAUUUAGAUUUUUGCUAAUGGAAGUUUAGGUCUCUUUUUGCACACGGUUUACAGCUACGUGCCCCAGGAGUGCAUUAAUGGGGACCAGAACAAGGUCAGCCAGCUGACUGGUUUCUUUUUAUUAACAGCCAAAAACACAAAAUAUAUCAUAUCAUAUUCCAUAUUAAAAAUCAAGAAAAUACUUGAUAUACUCUAUGUAUGCGAUGAGACUGAAGGCCCCCGCUAGUGUAGGACAUAAAAAGACACUAUAAUUUUUGUUCUAAGACUAAAGGUUGAUUAUUGCAGUAUAGAAAAAUAUGGUAUGAAAAUUAAUUUAAUGCCAGGACGCAUAACAACAUUGCACAACACUGUCUACUGCAACUCAGAAAUGAAACCUCCCUUCAAAGGAAGCUUUGAGAUGAAAGGGCCAGAUAAUUAUUCAGCCUCGGUAGAGAGAUGCCUCUUAGUCUUCAUGGCCAUGGAGCAGUAAAUAAAAAAUAAUAUAUACUAAUAAAAUAUACUUUUUCCUUUGUUCCAAAUUGUUCAAAUCAUCAGACCACCUAGCUCUUACUGGAAAAAACUGUAUCUUGUUAACCCUUCAAAAGUACACAUGGGAUUAAAGAAUUACUCCAAGCACCAUAACCAUGUAAUUGAUUUGAAGUGGUCAUGGUGCCAAGAGUCUGUAUGUGUAGCAUUUUGCUAUGAAACACUGCGCAUACUGAGGAUAACCCCUCAGUAUCCUCGGCUGCAGGAUCUCAGUAUCAUCAUGAGAUGUCGUCAGCAAUCCCGCUAAUGUCAUUUCUGUGCAACAGUGUGCCAUUUAUUGGCUGAGAGUGGCCAGCUGAAUCGCAACUGGAUCAUAAUCAGUAUAGAGGCUGUAGUGAUAACCCUUUAACACCUGUAUGAGCAAAAAUUUUGGAAAUUGUAUGCAUUUAUAAACAUUUUAUGCCAAAAAUGCCAGAGUAUUUCAAUAUGCUAUCAUACCUUUUUUUUAUUGAACUAACAUAAUUUUUAAAAGACAAGCUUUUGAGAGUUUUCUUCUCAGUUUUCCUCUCAAAAGGUCUGAAGGAACCCUGUUAUUAUUGGAAUACUCUGGUAUUUAGACAUCUUGUCUGCUAGACCAAUACAGAUCAUCUAAUCAACAUUAAAGGGACACUGUAGGCAUCCAGACCACUUCAGCUCAUUGAAGUGGUCUGGGUGCAAUGUCUCAUGUCCCUUAACCCUGAGCAUGUAAUUAUUGCAAUUAUUAAUAGAGGGCUCCUGGUUUGAAAUGGACCUUAGGUCCAUUAUCUGACGCUGGACGUUCUCACACUCUGCAAGAUUACCUCCAGCAUCAGAUUUUUUCCCAAUAGAAAAGCAUUGAAUAAUGUUCUCCUAUGGACAAAUCCUAAUGCGAGCGCAGCCAUUGCUGCGCAUGGACAUUAGGUCUCCCCUGCCGGCUGAUAUUGGCGGGGAGGGAGCAUGUGCGGAGCCUGACUCUGUGCGGAGGUUGGGGGGGAAGGGGCGAGAGAAGGGGGCACUGCAGGAGCAUAUAGUGCCAGGAAAACUGCUUUGUUUUCCUGGCACUAUAGGAUCCCUUUGAACAUUUACUGUAUACAAGAAUGCACAUAAUUUUUUUUUUUUUUUGGAUAAAAUAUGCACAAAGGCUUAAAAGAUAGCGUUUAGACAUAUAAUUACUAUGUAGGUAAAAAAAGAAUAUAUAUAUUUUUUUUUAUUGAAAAAAACAAAACCUAACAAUACAUGGCUUAAAGAGCCAUAUUUAUAAAGACAAAAUUAUGUAAAACUGAAAAUCUAUAAAUAAUGGCUUUUCAGUCCAAAACAUGCAAACCAAUUUUUGGCUUCUUUCUCUCAACUUCAAAAUCAGGAACAACCUAAAAACCUCUAAAAGCUAACACGCUUAUUUACUAAAGUGUCAAUUAUCAAGAAUACAAAGAGGUUUUCACAUUUUAGGCUAUUUUUGCCUAAAAUGUGAAAUUAUCUUUGAAUUCCUGACAAUUCACACUUUAGUGAAUCACUCUGUGUAAGAUAAAUUAACCUAAUUGUAACCAUUAUGUAAUAGACUAAUGGCCAUACCUGUGACAUUUAGUCCUCUACCCUUUUGCCAUCUGUAAAAAUCACCAUCUUUCAUGUGUUAAUUUUAAUAUAAAUAGUUAAAAUAUCUCUAAUUUUCUAAUUUGUAUAAGUCGGCAUUUUUGUCAAACCAUAUAUGUUGAUUUGCAGUUUGUAUGGUAGUUGGUAACUCAAUGUGACAUAAAUUUCAAAAUGUGUAGCAGAAAAAUCCACUCCAAAAUAUCUUAUAAAUUCAAGGACAUAUGGUUUAAUCAGGCUGCAACUCACAUUAUAAAUGAGCAGUCAAACGGAAUAUGCAUUAAGCAAAACUGCGGCAGAUUUGAGGUAAAUCCAACUGGAGUAGAACUGAUCCAACAUGAAUAUAUGAAAUACGUCAUAUAAGUUAGGCAUUAAGUUAUCUUAACUGUUAAUGAACCCUUUACUCCCAAACACUUUUGCUGCAAUACAUACCGUGAUUUCUUCUUACAUUGAAUACCUCACAGGAACACUUUAGGUACCACAACCACUUCAUCUAAUUGAAGCGUUUGUGGUGCUUGGAGUCACCUGACACUGACCGAUGAUUCAGUGUUACAUUGUUUCAAACUGCUUAACACUGAAUGAGGGUCCUAAGGCUACCACAACCCUGCUCCACUCUGCUGCAAUGGGAAACAGUGAUUGGCUGAGAAUGUCACCUGACUACUCUCAGCUCCUCACAGCUACCCAUCACUGCUUUGAGCUUGUAACAAUGAAGAAUGAAGAAGGGACCAGGGGACUCCAGGCACUAUAACUACUUCAAUUAGAUUAUUAGUAGUAGUUUUUAUGUCUCGCCAACAUAUUCCAUGGUGCUUUACAAUUAUAGAAUGGGGAUAUUUGACAAGUAAUAUACAUACAGAAUAUAAAAAAGACAAGAGGUGAAGAAGGUCCUGCUCAAACGAGGUGCAAUGUGUGAGAAAGGUGAAGUGGUUUCAGUGCCUAGACUUUUGCUUUAAAGACAUUGGGGUAUUUUAUGUAGCCCGUGAAGUUACACAGGCUGCAUUAUCUGAAAUGCCCAGUAGAUGGCACAUGGACUCAGUAUGCUGUUAAUAAAACAUUGAGCUUUGAUCACAUGACUUGCUGAAAUCAAGAGAGGAGUGUGGCAUCAUCGCAGGGCCUGUGAGGACUUCCUGCACAGCUCUGAGGGAGGAGGAUUCUAAGAGUGACCACAUGCUGAGCCAGAGAAAGGACAUGUGAGAGACUGUAGCACAGAGAUAGGACCUGGCUGAGAGAACUUGUUUCACCCAAGAUCACACCAGCUGAGAGAGGGACCUGCAGGAAAGGAAAGAAGACAAGCACUGAGUCCAGACGUCUGGUGAAUCCAGUGAGAGGAGACUGCUGCUGACUGACUGGUUAAUCGUGUUGUGAGGGUAAGCCAAGCCUCUCCCUGUAUCGCCACAGGGCACCUGUCUCCUCACUCACAGUAAAGACUCUGAGGUCCCGUGACGGACAUUACACAUCUGAAGCUGCUUCAGUGACCCUGUGAGGCAGGACUUAUAAGGGCCCCAAUUCUCCUAUGUGCACCAACGGCCGCUAGGGCGAAGAUAAGGGGGUGGGGCGCAGGUGUGCUGGUGGGUGAGUGAGGAAAAUCCCCAUUUGCAUUGUUAUCUGUGUUACUCUAUUGUAUUUUCCUAUGUAUGUUGGUUCAAUUGCUACUUACCAUAUAAAGUUAGUCCCAUUUAGACUGUGUCAGUCUCAUUUCACCAAGUAUGUUCCCAGUGGGACCCCACAUCCCUACCCCGGAUGCUCCACUGGGUGGAGGCACUGCCGCAGACAUGUACCCCAGCUCCCAGAUAGCGGAGGCUCAGGAUCCGCCUGUCAGGCAUAGUGAGUUAACUAGGUUUGGGGACCCCAAAGACACUAGGGGGCACCCCGAAAACCCCGUUACAGAUGGAGGCACUGCUGAGAUGUAUUGGGGUACAACCAGUGAGAAUAGGUUAAGUCCUCAGGCCACUCCCUCCUUUGUGAAACAGUGGGCCCAGCAAAGAAAUGUACCCUUACAGCAAGAUGUGAUGUUAUGCAAAGUCCCAUCCUGCUGUGAGAUGAAUCACGUCAUCUUGUGUAUAGAAAUUCGACUGGGAAUAGAAAUGGCGACCAUCAGAGAUAUCCUGCAGGAUUCUGAAGGCCAAACUUACAUGUUAAUAUAUUGUCAUACGGGCUUGGGAGACCAUAAGAUGCCUACCAACAUUCAUUUACAUGGAGCCCCGGAUGGAGGAUGCUCCUUAGUGUACGCUCUCCUUGAUAAGAAAGAAAGGGUCUCACUGCAACAACCCUUUGAAUUAGAACGGAAAGAUUAUGUCACAGAAAAUUAUUCUAAGCUCCUGACCCCCAUCUCCGGAAAGGCCGGAGCCAUUCCUAAACAAGCUGCCCAUCCUCCUAGAGGACAGGGGAUGAUUACUCCUAAAGCAGAAUCUCAUCCAUCUACAGCAUUACUGAAACCAGACAACCCUGAAGUACACACCCUGCCUACAGGAGGUAGUGAUGUAUCGGACAUACUACAGAAACUCUCAGAAGCCAUAGUGACGGCAAACCACACCCAUAGUUACCGCAAACUAAAGGUGUUUUCUGGGAAUCAGCCUGUUCCUGCAGGAGAAGAGCCUUUUGAGGUCUGGAAGGAUAAUGCUAUGCAGUUGUUGGAGGAAUGGUCUUGUACGGAUACCAUAAAGAAACAGCGGUUGGUGGAGAGUCUUCGUUUUCCCGCUACAGACAUGAUAAGACUGUACAAGGGAGUAAAUGGGCAAGCUACUGCGCACGACUAUCUACAAGUUUUACAGGAUGCUUAUGGGAAAUCAGAAGAUUUGGAUGAUCUGUUGGUUAAGUUCCUAGCCACUAAGCAGAAGGAGCACGAAAAAGCCACUGACUAUAUCAACCGGUUACAGCUAUCGCUUGGAAAGUUAUUCCAUAAAGGAGCAGUCACUGCCUCUGAGUUGGAUGCUCGGCUAUCUAAGCAAAUUCAGAGAGGUGGUUUGACCAGUAAUCCAGUUAUGAUUCUGCUGAGAGCCAAGUUGGAUGAUAAAGUUCUGCCUUAUUCCACAUUAAUAAAUACAGCCAGGAGAUUGGAAGACCAGAUGUGUCCACCCCUACAGAAGGAGAAAGAGAAUACAGAACUGUCAGCUCUUAGGAAGAAGGUGGCUGAAUUGGAGCUUUUAUGCAAAUCACCACCAGAGAGAGCAGAUCUUCCCCCUGGAAGUGGGGGGCAACACAGGAAGACUCAGAAAAAGCUGUUUCCUGAGGAUUCACCCCGCCGAGGGAACUGCUUUAAAUGUGGAAAGUCAGGGCAUUUUCAGCGGGAGUGCCCUGCAGAUUCCAUGGAGGUGGAUGUGGGGGUGCUGGCAACCGAGCUCGGGGAGACUCAAAUGACCAGGUCUUACAAGCGAAGGAAGACCCGGCCUACAUAUAGUCUAUCUGUAGGGGCCAAGAUUGGGCCUAAAUCUUUGAUACACGUGCAAGUGGAAGGAAUUCAUGCUUCAGCAUUGCUAGAUACAGGUUCUCAAGUCACCAUUAUCUACAGAGACUUCUAUGAACGUCAUUUGAAACACAUUCCUAUGGAACCUGCAGGAGAGUUUCAGCUAUGGGGCGUUGGGUCUCAAGCUCAACCUGUGGAGGGAUGCAUAAAAGUGACCAUAACUAUUCCCCAGUUAAAUACCGGGAUGAUAUGUCCUAUGGAGCUGGAAGCUUUGAUAUGCCCUGCAGCCAAGAAAGUGUGUGCCCCAAUAAUAUUGGGUACUAAUGCAAAGAUGGUACAGGAUGUAUUCAGGGCCUAUCUGACAGAAGUGGGAGAUGUCUCCUUAGACCGACUGAUGGAGGUCAGCCCUGUCCUAGGAAAAGAGUGUCGACGACUAGCCCUUGCAACAAAACCAGGGUUGUGCCACUAUUCAGGAACAGAACCUGCAUUUGUGAAGCCUGGUGAGACCAAAACCUUACGAGCCAUAGCCUCAAUGCACCAUGAAAUGUUGGGGGGAACUGGACAAUACCUUAUUGAGUCUCUGCCUGAAGAGGAUCAGAAGAAGGGGUGGACUCUCAUACCUGAGAUAAAAGAUUGGCGAAAAAGGUGGUGUCGGAGUUUUCCUGUGAUGGUACAGAAUUUAACCCCCACGGAAAUCCGGAUUGAUCGUCAUCAGAAGAUUGGUGUAAUACACCUUUUAGAUCAAGUUUCGUCCAUCAUGUCUGUGAGUGCAGAACAGACGGAUCAUGUGAAAGCGCCUUUAGAUUUUGAUCUAGAAGAUUCUCCCCUACCACAGCAGUGGAAAGACAGCCUUCGUUCAAAACUGGCCACCCGAGAGGGAGUGUUCUCCAGAGCAGAGAUGGACGUGGGGUGUUCUAAGAGUGCCACCCAUGCUAUAAGACUUGCUGAUCCUACUCCUUUCAGAGAAAGGUCAAGAAGAAUACCGCCUCGAGAUGUGGAAGAUGUCCGGGACAUACUCCAGCAGAUGGAAGGAGCAGGCAUCAUCACAGAGUCCCGGAGCCCCUAUGCCUCACCUAUUGUGGUAGUGAGGAAAAAGAAUGGUUCAGUUCGGCUAUGUGUGGACUACCGUACUCUGAACAAGAGGACUGUGCCAGACCAGUACACCUUGCCCCGGAUAGAAGAUCUUCUGAACGCCCUAUCUGGCAGCCAGUGGUUCAGUGUGCUUGACUUGAGGUCUGGAUAUUAUCAGGUACCCAUGAAGAAGGAAGAUCAGGAAAAGACAGCUUUCAUCUGCCCUUUGGGGUUCUUCCAGUUUACCAGAAUGCCACAGGGAGUCACAGGAGCUCCUGCUACUUUUCAGAGGCUGAUGGAGAAAACUGUGGGGGAUAUGAAUCCCAAAGAGUGUCUAGUGUAUCUAGAUGACCUAAUUGUUUUCGGGAAGACACCAGAGGAGCAUGAACAAAGAUUGCUAAAGGUGUUGGAUCGACUUCAAGCUGAAGGCCUGAAGCUAUCAGUGGACAAAUGCCGAUUUGCCCAGAACUCUGUCACUUAUGUGGGGCACAUAGUCUCCGCUGAAGGAGUAGCCACAGAUCCUGCUAAAAUUGAAGCAGUGCUGAAUUGGCCAAGACCAAAUAACAUCGGUGAGUUGCGGUCCUUUCUCGGAUUCUGUGGUUACUACCGAAGGUUCGUGAAAGACUACUCAAAGAUUGCUCGAGAGUUACAUGACCUGCUGAAGAUUAUCUCUGACGUAAAGGGUGUUAAGGCACCAUAUCCUAAAGACCCCUUUGGAGAGAAAUGGACUUCAGGAUGUGAAGAUGCCUUUCUGACGCUGAAGAAGAGACUUACAGAAGCUCCUGUCUUAGCCUAUGCAGACCCUGAGAAACCAUAUAUCCUCCAUGUGGAUGCCAGUAUGGAAGGCCUAGGGGGUGUACUGCACCAAAGUUAUCCAGCAGGAUUGAGGCCGGUGGCUUACAUAAGUAGGAGUCUUACAGGUGCAGAGAAGAACUAUCCAGUCCAUAAAUUGGAAUUUCUGGCACUCAAGUGGGCCAUCGUGGAUAAGCUGCAUGACUAUUUGUAUGGGGCAACAUUCGAAGUAAGGACUGACAACAAUCCACUUACCUACAUCCAGACUACAGCUAAGCUGGAUGCUACAGGACAUAGGUGGUUGGCUGCCUUGUCAAACUACAGUUUCAGCCUGAAGUACAAGCCUGGGCCCAAGAAUGUCAGCGCAGAUGCCCUGUCCCGCAGACCUAGACUCCCCCCUCACCAAGAAGAAGAGGAGUGGGAAGAGAUCCCUGGGCCGGGGGUAGGAGCCUUUUGUCAGAUGUAUGUGGUGGCCGAGAGUCAAGAAGAAUUUGCCGAGCUAAGAGGGAUAGACUCCAUUAGCCACUCUCCCGAAGCUGUGCCUGAGGUGUUCCAUGCUCCAGUCAUGCUUCAACAGUGGUCCAGUAUAACCACAGAAGACAAGAGGAAGGCUCAAGCGCAGGACUGGUAUAUUGGGAUAGUUAUCAGAGCAAUAAAGACUAAGAAUCCUAAAUUGCUGACUUCUCUACCUGUGAAUCAAAGAGAAUUAUACCGAAGAGAAUGGAGCCGACUACAUCUCGAAGAUGGAGUACUCUAUAGGGUCGUGAAGUAUCAUGAUCACCCUGACAGAAAACAAUUGGUACUACCGCACCGAUACCGUGGCAUGGUCCUGAGAGCUCUCCACGAUCAACAUGGGCAUCUCGGGGUGGACAAGACCUAUGGCCUAGUACAAGAUCGGUUCUAUUGGCCUCGCAUGAGGGAACAUGUCGAGCAACAUGUAAAGACAUGCAGGAGGUGUAUCCAGAGGAAGACCCUGCCUGUGAGAGCUGCCCCUAUGGGUCAUCUGAAAAGUACGGGACCCAUGGAUCUUGUGUGCAUGGACUAUCUCUGCAUUGAGGACGAUACAGCGGGAAUUGGAAAUGUGCUGGUGGUAACGGACCACUUCACCAGAUAUGCUCAAGCUUUCCCCACUAAAGACCAAAAGGCUGUGACUGUAGCCAAAGUCCUUUGGCAGAAGUAUUUUAUUCACUAUGGACUACCCAAUCGGCUACACUCUGAUCAAGGUAGAGACUUUGAGAGUAAGUUGAUAAAGGAGCUGUUAGGCAUGUUGCAGGUGCAGAAGUCCAGAACCACACCUUAUCAUCCGGAGGGUGAUGCACAGCCAGAACGUUUCAAUAGGACCCUCCUAGAUAUGCUAGGGACUCUCAAGCAAAUCGAGAAGCGGUCUUGGAGUAAACAUGUGGAAACCAUGGUCCACGCAUACAACUGUACAAGGCAUGAAUCUACAGGGUUCUCACCCUAUUUCUUAAUGUUCGGAAGAGAAGCUCGAUUGCCGAUAGAUGUCCGGUUGGGAGUGUCUCCUGAUGGAACAGAUUCAACUUCACACUUUCAAUAUGUGAGGAACCUCAAACAAAACCUUCGUCGGGCCUACGAGUUGGCCACCCAAGCUGCAGCAAAAAUGGAAGAACGGAACAAAAGAAGAUAUGAUGCUAAGGUGAGAUAUCGGGAGAUUCAAGCAGGGGAUAAAGUUCUUCUCCGGAAUCUAGGUGUGCCUGGAAAACACAAACUGGCUGACAGAUGGAAAGAUACCCUGUUUGAGGUUGUGUCCAAACUGGAAGGACUGCCAGUGUACAACAUUCGGGGCCCGGAGGGCCGAAUAAAGGCUUGGCAUAGAAACCAUCUGCUUCCAGUUGUGUAUACUGAUGAAGAGGAAGAGAGUAGUGAAGAACUGGAGGAAACCCCAGCAGAGAGUCCUGGAAAUGGGGCAGAGGAGACCCCGGGAACUCCCAGUGCAGAGGAUCAGUGGUGGUCAUCACCCGCUGAAGAAACACAACAAUUGCCUCCUUUAACUCCUGUGGUUUCACAAAGUCCCGGAACCUCUCCUGGGUCACAAAGUUCUCCAAGGUUGAAUCCAGAAAGUCCCUGUUUUGUGCCUGGAACUUCCCUUAAAAACUCUACUUCGAGGGCAGGAGUCGAAGUUCCACAGUUGAUGUCCCAAGAUCCUCUCCCCCAGCGAGAACUGAGACACAGCACCAGAGUGCGGCAACCCCCUAGGGCCCUAGUUUAUGAUAAUAUAGGAGAGCCCAGUUAUGCCCCGCUGACACAAGCAGCAUUUAAAAUGGCCACUUUCCUACAUGCACUAGCUGAAGUGGUAAAUGUUAGUGACUGUUUACCCUAAAUAACUAGCUAGCUAGGAUGUUACUGUGCGAACUGUACUGUAGGUAUGCUAAACCUUUUUCUGUUGAAUUUUUGUUAAGCUCCCUGGCUAGGACUUGCCAGUGGAAGGCAAGUAUUUUCAAGGGGGAGCAUGUAGCCCGUGAAGUUACACAGGCUGCAUUAUCUGAAAUGCCCAGUAGAUGGCACAUGGACUCAGUAUGCUGUUAAUAAAACAUUGAGCUUUGAUCACAUGACUUGCUGAAAUCAAGAGAGGAGUGUGGCAUCAUCGCAGGGCCUGUCAGGACUUCCUGCACAGCUCUGAGGGAGGAGGAUUCUAAGAGUGACCACAUGCUGAGCCAGAGAAAGGACAUGUGAGAGACUGUAGCACAGAGAUAGGACCUGGCUGAGAGAACUUGUUUCACCCAAGAUCACACCAGCUGAGAGAGGGACCUGCAGGAAAGGAAAGAAGACAAGCACUGAGUCCAGACGUCUGGCGAAUCCAGUGAGAGGAGACUGCUGCUGACUGACUGGUUAAUCGUGUUGUGAGGGUAAGCCAAGCCUCUCCCUGUAUCGCCACAGGGCACCUGUCUCCUCACUCACAGUAAAGACUCUGAGGUCCCGUGACGGACAUUACACAUCUGAAGCUGCUUCAGUGACCCUGUGAGGCAGGACUUAUAAGGGCCCCAACUCUCCUAUGUGCACCAACGGCCGCUAGGGCGAAGAUAAGGGGGUGGGGCGCAGGUGUGCUGGUGGGUGAGUGAGGAAAAUCCCCAUUUGCAUUGUUAUCUGUGUUACUCUAUUGUAUUUUCCUAUGUAUGUUGGUUCAAUUGCUACUUACCAUAUAAAGUUAGUCCCAUUUAGACUGUGUCAGUCUCAUUUCACCAAGUAUGUUCCCAGUGGGACCCCACAUCCCUACCCCGGAUGCUCCACUGGGUGGAGGCACUGCCGCAGACAUGUACCCCAGCUCCCAGAUAGCGGAGGCUCAGGAUCCGCCUGUCAGGCAUAGUGAGUUAACUAGGUUUGGGGACCCCAAAGACACUAGGGGGCACCCCGAAAACCCCGUUACAUUUAUACAGAAUAUUUUUUAACAUAAAUGCUAAAAGUAACAAACCACAGAAUUUUCCUGUCAGCUGCUCUAAUUUCAAACCUUGGCAGACCCUUUUCCAUCAUUAGCGGCUUUUACAACAUAACAUUCUAACUGAGGUACACAAAAUGGUAGACUGCACAGUACAAUAUGAGUGUGCUGUUUUAGUCUGCGUAAUAGCCGUGUUUCUGUAUUUCAGAUGAUAUUGUUUACCUGUCAGACGAGGCACAAAGGCAGGAAUAUCUCCUGUCAGAAUUUGGUAUUAUUUUUAUGGGUGAACCGAGUAAUCCACAACACGUACCCUGGGAUUAUGGACAGGUGAGACAUGUAUAUAAAAUCAGUCAGACUACUAACUGUAUGAUUCAAGGUCUGGUUACACGGGUACACAGUGUUUAUACAGGUUUUAUUUAUUUUUUUAUUCUGCAGUUCCAAGACAACAUUCUUGAUAUUUGCCUUUCCCUUAUGGAUUCAACCAUAAAUUACCGUCGCAACCCAUCUGAAGAUGUUAGACGACGAAAUGAUCCUUCAUACUUGUGCAGAGUUCUGAGCGCUAUCGUAAGAAAACCAUUAUAAUGUUGAAUUAUCCGACUGACUGUGUAUAUAGAUGAAAGAUAUUUUAUUGUAUUUUAGAACUAGCAAUUCAUCAGAAGUUAUGUCAAUUUAAUGUAUUUAAGGCUCAAAUAUUCCUUUCGCCACUGAUGCAGUAUCAAUGUAAUAUGUAACACAUCCUUGAUAAUCUAAUGUGUAUAGCAGCCAGUUCUAAAAUAUUGGAAUUGUAUGUGACUAAAAUAUUUGUCAUGGUAAAAUACUGGAUCUCAUUUUUUUUUACACAAUGAUCAAAUGGUAACUGAUGUUUUUAACUACUAAUACCAAUGGUGAUAGUUGGGGAGGCACUACCCCUUGAUUUGUUUGUCUCUGCUGUGCCAGUCUCCUGACCCAUAUUUAGGAAACAAUCACCUCUCAAAAGUGGCUCAGGUCCACCUUCUGAAACUUUUACUUAAUGACAACCGGAGAAGACAGGAAAAUAAGUAGGCCUGUCUUUUAGGCCAUCUGGGACCCAAUGAUACCUUGGAAAGCCUAUGUGAGGGGUCUAUACCUAGAAAAUUGGUAUUUAAAAAAAUAAAAUAAAAAAUGAUUCCAUUCAAUUCUGUAUCUCGUUCUCCACCUCAUCCCCCCCACCCCUCUCCCCUUUUCUCCAUCUUAUCCCAUGAUCCUUCUCUUCAUGAUGACAGUAGAAAGAGUGGAUCAGGCGUGAUUUUGGAGGGCAAUUAGAUAUUUAAAGUCCAAAGAGAAUUACAAUCUACCCAAAUGCCCAAUGUGAAUUACCUGUGGGCCACAACUCAUCCUUUAGAUUGUAAGCUCAUGGGCCAUCUAGCCAAGCACUUUGUAUAAAAGAGCUCCAAUGGCUAGAAAUCAGCUUACGGGCAGGGCUCUCUCUACCUCUUGUAUUUGUCUGUCUAUAUUGUACGUUUCUCCACUAAUUGUACAAUGCUGCGGAAUCUGUUGGCGCUUUAUAAAUUGCAGUAAUAAAUAAUAAAUAAAUAAAUAAGGUUGUAAGAUAAGUCAAACUCUUAGAAAUCUUAUAAAAAUCAGCUCAAAUGAAAUGUACAAUACAAAAUAUACCAAGUAAUAUCAAACACAAAAAAAGCUAAUGUCUGUAUAUCCUAGUUGAAAAUAACUUAAUAUUUCAUAUUUUAUGUAUCAAAUUUAAUACAUCAUUUGGAUUUUUAUUUGAACUGAGCACAUUGCAUUUUGAAUGUUUUACUCUUUGUCUUUCUUUGUAUAUUUCAGUUAUGUGACGUAGUUACAAACACUGAUUUGCCACAACAUUAAAAUCACUGACAGGUGAAGUGAAUAACAAUGAUUAUAUUGUCACAAGGGAGCCUGCCAUGGAGUGAGAUAUAUUAGGCAGCAAGUGAGCAGCACGUUCUUGAAUUUCAUGUGUUGGAAGCAGGAAAAAUGGGCAAGUGAGAAGAUCUGAUUGAUAUUAGUGUAGGACACACCAAUAUCGGGGCACUAUGGAGUUGUGGUAGUUAACACGAUAUGGCCAUAUGGUGUAACUGAAUCCCAAUAUUUAUUUGCUGAGAUAGGUGAUUUUAAGUAGCCUUGUUUAAUUUAGAACAGUUUUUUUUUUUGUGUGUGCGCUGUUCCCUUAUCUGUAUUUUGUAUGACUUUGACAAGAUUUAAAUAGUGAUGGCUUGAGCAUCUCCAAAUCGGCGAGUCUUGUGGAGUGUUCCUGGUAUGCCGUGGUUAGUACCUGCUAUAAGUGGUGCAAGGAAGGGCAACCAGAGAACCUGCAUCAUGGUUAUGGGUACCCAAGGCUGAUUGAUGCACAUUUAAAGUGAAGCCUAGUCCAUCUGAUCCGUUCACACUGAAGCGCUACUGUACUGCAAAUUGCUGAAAAACUUAAUGAUGGUCAUGAUAGCAAGGUAUCAGAACACACAGUGCAUCACAGUUUGCUGUGUAUGGGGCUGCAUAGCCAAAGACCGGUCAGAGUGUCCAUGAUGACUCGUGUCCACUGCAGAAAGCGUCAUCAAUGGGGACAUGAGCAACAGAAGUGGACCAUGGAUCAGUGGAAGAAGGUUGCCUGGUCUGAUGAAUCAUGUUUUCUUUAAAAAUAGGUGGAUGGCCUGGUGAGUGUGUAUUGUUUACCAGCCCAUGGUAGGUAGUGUUAUGCUCUGGGCAAUGUUCUGCUAAAAAAGAUAUUGAGUCCUGGCACUCAUGUGGAUGUUACUUUGACAGGUACCACCUACCUAGAGAUUAUUGUAGACCACAUUCAUGACAAUGAAUUGUUCAUGACAAUGGUAUACCUUGAUGGCAAUGUUUUUUUUUCAGCAGGAUAAUGAAUCCUGCAAAAAUUGUUCAGGAAUGGUUUGAUAAACUUGAAAAGAAUUUAAGGUGUUGCCUUGGUCUCCAGGUUUCCAGAUCUCAUUCCGCUUGAACAUCUGUGGUAUGUAGUGGAGCAACAAAUACGAUCCAUAGAGGCUCCACCUCACAACUUGCAGGACUUAAAAAUCUGCAGCUAAUAUCUUGUUGCCAGAUACUACAGGACAUGUUCAAAGAUCUUGUGGAGUCCAUGCCUCAAUGUUUCAGAGCUGUUUUGGCAGAUUGAGGAAGACCUAGGCAGAUGGUUUUAAUGUUGUGGCUGAUCAAUGUAGUAGUCAAGGUUGAAAAAGACUAAAGUCCAUUGAGUUCAACCUUCAACUUGUUAAAGUUGAGCCUAUGUGUUUACAAUAUAGUGAAAAAAAGAAGUAUACACACUAAAAAAUUACUUAGUUAUGAGAAGUGUUUACAAUGACUUAGUUAUGAGAAGUAUCGUAUGUCUCAUAUGCUGAAAUGGCAAGCAGAGAAUCCAAUCAUUUGAACAAUGUGGCCUUAAAUUAUGUGUUUAAGUGGCAUCUCUGUGUCCAUCUCUAAUCAGGUGAAUGAUAGAGAUGAUGGUGGUGUGAUUCAGGGGAAUUGGAGUGAAGACUACUCUGGUGGCACAGAUCCAAAGGCCUGGACUGGAAGUGCUCGAAUCCUGAGAAGCUGGUAUCCACAGAAGUCUCCAGUGAAAUAUGGACAGUGCUGGGUCUUUGCUGGUGUUCUCUGCACAGGUAAUUUUAAAUUUCUAUGCCACAUCAAUCUCUUAAGAAGAUCUUUGAUAAUAAAAGAAUCAAGUGUUAGGGAGCAGUCAAAACUCUUGUAGAGUUAACAAACUAUCUUAACCACUACAGCCCACUGUAGUGGUUAUUAUGUAAGGAGUACCCUGGUCCCAUUUCCCAGUAAUGGGGCAAACCAUUUUGUUUGCCCACUUACAUGGGUACUCUCCUGAUGUUAUGGGUCCUUUUUCCUCUGGUGACGCACUUCCACAAAAUGGAUGCCGAGGCUGUCUCCAUUCAGCUGACCACAGUUAGUCAAUGAAUACAAUUCUGUGCAUAGAAAUAUGUACAAAAUUGAAAUUAUUGAGUCUGGAACUAUUGUUCCGGGCUGGCUAAUGAUGCUCCAGGGAUGACUGCUGAGUUACACCUCUAGCACCAGAAGGUUUAAACUCCAUGUGUACUAUGUUUCAAAGCAAAACCCAGCUUAUACAGUACCAUGAUCACUUCAAAUCAAAAUGGCCAUGGUGCUUAGAGUAACCAUUUAAAUCCUGCUCCCUCACAAUACACUAUAGACUUGGGAAUACAAUUUCCAGAUCGGGUGUCAGAUAAAACAGCUACAUCAACGUCCAAAUGAUAUCCAAAUAUUAACUCUCUUGCAAACUAUAGCCUCAAUUUAAUAUUUUUAGAUACGCUUCUCAAAUAAUUGAAUAUUCUUGGAGAGAAAAAAAAAAUAAUAUAUAAAUAGUAUAUAUAAAUAUAAAAUUAUUAGAAAAUGUCCAAAAAGUAUAUCAUUUGAAAAGCUUACCCAAAAAUAAUACAUUGAGGUCUAUAUUCCCGAGUUGCACUGUUGCACAUAAAUUAUUGCGCAUAGUAAUAUAUAGACUUUAGACAGAAAAAGUAUUUGCACAAUAAUUAUACAUUCUUUUAAGUAUUUGGCUUAAAAAAAAAAAAAAAUAGGCACACCGCACCUUAUUUUAAUUUUUAUAUUCCCGAGUACAGGAGUUAGCAGGAAGUGUAAAAUCAGUAUUCAGAAACUACUUGCAAGAUCAGGCAAACAGUAAAAAAAGUUAGCAGUCAAUCUCAGACAAAUAGCCAGAAAGGGGUUCUGCUUUAAAGGCUUUGUCAGGGAAAGUGUGAUGCUUAAAGGACCACUAUAGGCACCCAGAGCACUUCAGCUUAAUGAAGUGGUCUGGGUGCCUGGUCCAGCUAGGUUUAACCCUUUUUUCUAUAAACAUAGCAGUUUCACAGAAACUGCUAUGUUUAUAAAUGGGUUAAUCCAGCCUCUAGUGGCUGUCUCAUUGAGCAUGCUUUCCUAUGGACUGGCUGAAUGCGCGCGCAGCUCCUGCCGCGCAUGCGCAUUCAGCCGAAGAGGAGGAUAGGAGGCGCCCGGCGCUGGAGAAAGAGGUAAGUUUAACCCCUUCCUCCCCCUAGAGCCGCGCGGGAGGGGAAACAUGAGGGUGGGGACACCCUCAGGGCACUAUAGUGCCAGGAAAACGUGUAUGUUUUCCUGGCACUAUAGUGGUCCUUUAAGCUGUAUAUUUCCACUAUUUUCCAGUAUUUUAAGACAUUCAAAAAAAUUAUACAAGCAUACAUAUUUUUCUUGCCUAUGCUGUUUUUUUGUGCACUUAUAAAUUAAAAUGAUUUAUUUAUGUUUGUAUAUAAUAUACAUAGUAUAUAUAUAUAUAUAUAUAUAUAUAUAUAAAAGCAAAUGUACUAGUUGUCUGUCAUUCUAAUCAGUAUUUUCAAGAUUUUUAAUUACUCAGUUUCCCUUUAGUCAGCAGGGCACUGGGAUUACCUUGUCGGAUAAUUACCAACUUCUCCUCUGCCCAUGACACAAAUAACAACCUAAUUAUUGAAACGUACUACAAAGUGACAGGUGAACCUUCAGACAGAGGAGGCGACAGCAUCUGGUAAACAUGAGACAAGUGCAAUAUUUUAACGCUUGGCUCCUUUCCUAGCGUUCAACGAGUGUAAAAGACAAGUUUGCGACUACAAGCUACCAAUAUAUAUGUUAGUUAAAGAGGAUCAUAAUUUUUCUGGAUUUACAGUAUUAUAUUUACAUAUUUGCUAUAUUUAAACACUUCACCACCAGAAACCAGGAAAAGCCAGUUGUAGUACAAAUGGUUGAUAGGAGUGCCAUAUUGCCAUCACACACUAAGAUCUAAGAUGUUUUUGUAUGCUUUGACAAUUUACCUAUUUCCCUCUGGGCAUAUCCUGCAGGAGAAGUCGAAGUUGUGCUCAGCUGAUAUGUUCAGACAGUGAUUGUGGGUAUGCUUUGUUCCAAUGCUGUGAGCUUUUAGUCCUUGUAACGCUAACAGUUGGAGCAUAUUUGCACAGCAUAACAGGUGCAUUGUCGCCAUAUGGGAAGGUGGAAUUGUAUACCUCAAACCCAGCCCCCCCCUACCAAUCAAACAAUGACACUCUGAAUUUAGGGUCAAUAUGUCCAAAGCUUUUUUGAUAACUUCUGACAUCAAAAUUAAACAUACUAAAAAUCAGUGCCCAGCCAUACAUCAGCAAAACAUAUCCCGCAUGUCAUGAAUAAACUUAAUGAUCCUUACUGUAAACAUUAUUCUAACAAUGUAACGCCAUACAAAUAUAAACAAAUAAAGUGCAACAGAAUUAUUAACAGCAUCCUGGUAGGGGUAUAUCCAGAUACCCCUACACUCGUCAAGGGGUUCGAAACCCACCAACAUUAUACCAACAUUAUAACCAACAAACUUCCCUAACUCUUCUUAACUAAACCAGGGAUGAUUUUCUCCCUAGCCCUCCCCUCACCUACCCCGUUGUUGUUACCAAACAAGGCUGAAAAGUAAACCACCUUACAAAGAGAGGGAAGAAAGGACCAGCUAAGGCUGGGGAGUUAAUUAAAUGUGGCACGGAUCAAAAUGGCAGGCUUAUAUAUACUAGCCUUACCCCUAACCCUACCUACCAACCCUCUGCCAUGUCCACCUAAGCCUGCCUUCUAGCCUGAUCAAGGCCCUCAUUCCCUACGCUGUGCUUGCUCCGUGGGGCUACAUACUGGUGAAAGACAGUCAAUAAUGGCAUAACCUCCCACUCCCAUGCUGCCCACCAACAAACCCUCCCAGGCAACUAGAGAGUGUGAUGUCAUCAAAGGAGGAUCAGACUGAGGAAAGAACUUGCAAUAGAGAUAAGUUUAUGCAUUUUUCUUUUUUUCUUUUUUUUAUUUCAGCACAUGAGUCAGACUGAAUGGACCAGCACAGCAAGGCUUACUUGAACCGAAACCAUUGUUUUCUUAAAGCACAGUUUUUUGUUUUUUUAAAUAAAAUAACCCUUUAAACAUAGAAUAAAUGCAUUUUUAAAUACAAGUAAAAGAACACUUUAAGCAUUAUAACCACUACAGCACACUGUAGUGGUCAUGAUGCCAGGCAGCCGGUGUGGCUGCAACUGGGCCCACAUGCUCUGGGGGCCCAUUGGGUGGCCCAUGCACUUAAAGCCACCCAAUGGAUAUUUCUUAACAAGGGCCCGAUCGGGUUCAGCGGGCCUUUUAACAGCUGACGGACCUCGGUAAUAUCGUCGGCCAGUGCACUGCUAUGAGUGCUUGUCACUUCCUACCAGAUACAUAUAGAGAGCACAUAAAGGGAGGAGAAGAGGAGGAGGAGGCAGAGACCCAUCUGUGUGUGUGUGUGUGUGUGAGUGUGUAUGUAUAUAUGUAUGUCAGUGUGUUUUUAUGUGUGUAUCAGCGUGUCAGUGUGUGUCUGUCAUUGUGUGUUUGAGUGUGCGUAUAUAUGUGUGUGUGUGUAUCAAUGUGUCAGUGUGUGUAUCUGUGUGCUUGUCUCAAUGUGUAUGUGUGUAUGUGCAUGCAUCCCAGCAAUCACAUGCCUGCAGUCAAACGCUAAACUUAUAUAGAAACACACCCUUUAUUCAAACACCAACACUACACACAAAUGUACACCUUAAAAGUUAACACUACAUAUAAACACACCCCUGCAUUCAAAUGCAAACAUUACAUGGAAGUACACCACUGCAUUCCAAUGGCUAAAGUACGUAAAAAUACACCCCUGUAUUCACACACACUCGGUAAAUAUCUGAGUAGCAGCAUUACAAUUAAAAAUUCCACACCGAGGUAUGAGUUAGAGAGUAUGAGGUAGGAAAUUCCUCUAAAAACUCUAUAUCUGACAGAUUGCCUUUUUAUGUAUUGCAGCAUAUAUAUAUGUUUUUUGCAGCUCAUAAUCAACACAAAUGUGUUAAUUUAAAUACAUAAAAUGGAUGUUAUAUUUUGUAUGUCUAGUACAGGUUAUGAUUUUAUCUACUGAAAAUUAUUUGUUUGUUGGAAGCAGUCUCAGUGUGCUGUAUAUGAUAGGUGCUAAAUGACUUACAUCUGGGAGGAAAGCCUAGCUAAAAUAAUACUACUGAGAGACUACAUUAUGGUUUAGGUUUCUGUUUGCCUUUUAAUUAAUCUUUAUUAGACUUAUGUUACUUACUAACUCAUUACUGGCAAAGAGUUAAAGGAAUACUCUAAGCAUCAAAAGACAUUUAGCUUAAUGCAGCAGUUUGGUGUAUAGAUAAUGCCUCCGCAGUCUCACUGUUCAAUUAUCUGCCAUUCCAGAGUUAAAUCACUUUGUUUUUAUUUAUACAGCCCUAGCCACACCUUCCCUGGCUGUGAUGUUUCAUUUUCAAUCAGAUCUGACAGCACAGUGUGUUUACGUGAGACAUUUUUUUUAUCCUGCUCUCUUAUUUGAACGUGAGUCACACAUAGGAUGCUCCUGCAGGCUAUAGAAGGCUAUUAACAGAGCAGGAUAUCUCCUGCUCUGGGAAUUAUAAAUUAAGGAUAUUUAAACAUUAAAUCUCUCUUUACAGGAAAUGUAUAGGGAGACUGUGCAAGUCACAUGCAGGGGAGGUGUGGCUAGGGCUGCAUAAACACAAUGAUUUAGCUCCUAAUGGCAGAGAACUUGCCAGUUAGACUGCAGGGGCAUGAUCUAUAUACCAAAACCACUCCAUUAUAAUAAAUUGUGUUGGUGUUUUUGAAUAUAUUGUAGGAAAGAGGAAGAGUUUAUAAAUAUGAUAACUGGGUCAACUUUGUCUUCUGAAGACAGGUUAAAAUGGAAAUAUAGCACAGAUAACCCUCUCAGAAAUGCAGACAGAGAUUAUAGACCCAUUGUGCCAUAGUCACUACAAUGACCUGUAGUAGGUAUGGUGUUUAGAGUGCCCCUUAAAUUGAAGAAGAGUCCACACGAACUUCAGCUUCUGUUCAAUAGAUGUGUAUAGUUGGCAACACUGUGAGACAAUGUCUGUAGUGCCAGCUCUCUAGUUGUUAGUCUAGUUGUUAGUCCAUAAGAUAUUUAUCUCAAGUUUAACUUUAAAUAUAUUAUUUAUAUAUAUAUUGAUCUUGAAUUAUUUAUCCAAAUGUAACUUGUUAAUUAAAUUUACUGUACAGCAAGCAUGUCAAACUCACGGGCCGUCUUUGCGGGCCAGCUAGCCGCGAGUGCAUGCUGGUGUUAUAGCAGAGUAGGCACCUGCUUUCCCCAUAUUGCAGGUGCCUACUCUGCUAGCACUUACACGGCCAGCGAGGGAGCUCAGCCUUCCAACUCCUCACUGCUCCCUCGCGCGUGCUUACUGAAGUGAAGCUGGGCGCAGGAAUAUGAUGUCAUAUUCCGGCACCCGGCAUCACUAAACCGCGCGAAGGAGCAGUGAGGAGCUGGAAGGACCCCAGGGAGAUGCCCCACAUCGGCAUAAGGUAAGGAGCAAUGAAGAAAAUAAUGUGUGUGCAAGAAUGUGUAAGUGUGUGUGUCUGUUAGUGAGUAUGUGUGUGUGUCUGUUGGUGAGUAUGUGUGUGUGUGUGUGUCAGUGUGUCUGUAUGUGUGUGUCUGUCAGUGAAUAUGUGUGUGUGUCAGUGGGAGGAUCAGAUUUGUCACAGGGUGGUAGAGGGGGGUGCUGUGGUUUAGUAGAGGGGGGCUCGGAUUUAGUAGACAGGGUGCUGUGGUUUAGUAAAGGGGGAUGCUGAUGGGGGGGAGGUGGUUUAUACUGUACUUUUAAAAAUAAACCUACAUUUCUAUGAAAAUUUACGGUAUUUUUUUUUUUUUGCGGCCCACAUAAACUUAAACCUUGUUUAUGUGACCCGAUCCACACUUUGAGUUUGACAUGCUUGCUGUACAGCUACUUUAAUUCAAGAUACACCUUGCGUGCUUGCAUUGAAACACUGUAGCUAGUACAAAGUUUGAAUUUUAAAGUGAUUUAAAAUGAUAGCCUGCAAACUGCAGUUUAUCCAGUAGGUGUCAGUAAUUCUUCAUGCUACAUCUGUAAAUAUGGCCUAGCGUAGUGAUUAAAGAAAGUCAUUUAGUAGAAAUUACUCUAGGAAAGAGUCAGUACUCUCCUGCACCAUAACCACUACAUUGGGCUCUAGUGAUUAUGUUGCUUGCGAUGUUUCUUGAAGUCCACAAGGGCAUUGCACUUGAUAGACAUUAGACAAUAUGCUCCUUAUGUAAUCCUCUCUUAUAAUUUAUUUGAUUAUAGCUAUAAUAACAUCUUUGAAGGAGUCACAUGAACUAAACAUAACCGUAAUUUUAUAUUAAAAAUUUCUUUUUUUCAAUAGAUCCUUUAAACACGCUAUUGUAAAUCAAUACUUAAUAGGUCAUUUGAGAGAGCACUGACAUACAAAAUAUAGUAAUAAGAAAAUAAAUUGAAUCUGCCAGAAUGGACUAAGCUAGUUUAAAACGAAUGCCUAACUGAUUAUGAUACAUACAAUUUUAUGGGAGGGGGGAUGUAACUUUAGGACAAUUACAUGAAAACUUACAGGAACAAUAGGUUAAAGAGGAAUGGUUGUGAGCGAUCCAACACAUUGCUAUGACAACAGCACUCGUAUUGCCAAACCACAGUUGCAUUCUAGUUAAAUUGUUAUAACGAGAAAAAAAAUAGCAUUAAUUGAUAAAUGAAGAUAUUUUUGUUUUUUGUUUUUAUCCAGGAAUUUCCACUGCUGGAAUGAAAGCUGGUUUCGAAGAAGCGACCUUGAUGCCAAAUAUAGUGGAUGGCAAAUCUGGGAUUCGACUCCACAGGAAAAGAGUGAUGGUAAGACACAAUUAUGUUGUAAGAGUGAGAAUUUAUUAAUUUAGGAAAUUUCCUAAAAAGGUAUUACAAAGUGUUACAUGAAAACUAUGGCAGCAAUCGGAUGGUUACACCAAAGCAUUGCAAAUAUAAAUAUAUAAAGGUGGCUGGCCAGCAACUGUCACAUCUCUUAUUUUGUGCAGCUACCCACUCGUAAUUUACCUUAUUUUUGUUCACUAUUAGUAAGGGAAAUUAGGAGAAAUUUGAGCGACAGUCCCUUUUAAUUUGCGUGAUCCUUCCUUCCUUUCUCUCAAGAAGAAAGAUCUUUCUCAUAUCUCCCACUAUUCAGAGGUAUGAAGAGAACAGAGUGUGGUCAGUACACUCAAUGUUACUUUUGUCCAGAGAGUUGUAUAAGUCCUGAGUCAAAUUAUAUUUAGUCUAUAAUGCAGGCAAAACACAUUUCUUUUAUUUCUUAUGGGAUUCAUAUUCAACUGUAGGUUAUAACAGAAUGGUACAAUCAUAAAACAUAAAACAAAAAAUUAUUCCCUUGUUUAAAAGUUUGCAUACCCUUAGUUCUUAAUACUGUGUAUUGCAAUGACAGCAUGCAGUCUUUUGUAAUAGUUGUCUAUGAGGCCCCUAAUUCUUGCAAGUUGUGUAGCUGCCCAUUUUUCUUGGCAAAAUGCCUCCAGGUCUUGCAAAGCCUGUGGUCGUCUUGCAUGAACCACACGUUUGAGAUCUCCAGAGUGGCUCGAUGAUAUUAAGCUCAUCAGAAUGUGAUGGCCACUCCAGAACCUUCCCCUUUUUCUGCUCUAACCACUGGAGGGUCAACUUGGUCUCAUCCGUAAGGUCAGGGACGUUUUAGCCGCGAGGCAAACAUGGCAUUUGCCUUGGGCGGCAUUUUUCAGGGGGCGGCAAAAAACGCAGCCCCCAAAUGCCCAGGGCAAAUGCCUGGUUAGCCUCGCGGCUAACAGACAUGCUGGGCUGGGCGGCGCUGGCUACUGGGCGGGCGGCUGGCGAGGGAGCUCUUCCUCUGAGUGGUCUGCUCAGCUUCCUCGCGCGCCGCACAGUGAGACUGGGAGCCGGGUUGAUGACGUCAUAUUCCGGCUCCCAGCCUCACUCUGCGGCGCGCGAGGGAGCUGAGCAGACCGCUCAGAGGAAGUGUUCCCUCGCCAGCCACCCGCCCAGCGCCGCCCGCCCAGCAGCCAACCCAUCAGCCCGACUGGCAGCCACUGGACCACCAGGGAGAAAGAGGAACCCCCCCAGCACUCCCAAAGGUAAGGAGGCUGGGGGGGGGGUUAAAUAAUAAAUUAAAAAAGUGUUAAUGUGAGUGAUUGUGUGUGUUUGUGUCUGACUGUGUGUGUCUGACUGUGUGUGUGUUUGUGUCUGACCGUGUGUGUGUGUGUGUUUGUGUCUGACUGUGUGUGUGUGUGUCUGACUGUGUGUGUGUGUGUGUCUGACUGUGUUUGUGUCUGUGUGUGUGUGUGUGUGUGCUGGUAGGUUCGACCGUGUGUGUCUGACUGUGUGUCUGACUGGGUGUGUGUGUCUGACUGUGUGUGUGCGGACUGUGUGUGUGACUGUGUGUGUUUGUGUCUGACCGUGUGUGUGUCUGACUGUGUGUGUAUUUUGUUUGUGUGUGUCUUGACUGUGUGUGUGUGUGUGUGUGUAAAAUCUGGACUGUGCGUCUGACUGUGUGUUUGUCUGUGUGUGUGUUUGUGUCUGACUGUGUGUGUGUGUGUGUGUGUGUCUGACUGUGUGUGUGUUUGUGUCUGACUGUGUGUGUUUGUGUCUGACCGUGUGUGUGUAUUUGUGUCUGACUGUGUGUGUGUUUGUGUCUGACUGUGUGUGUGUUUGUGUCUGACUGUGUGUGUGUGUCUGACUGUGUGUGUGUUUGUGUCUGACUGUGUGUGUGUUUGUGUCUGACUGUGUGUGUGUGUGUGUCUGACUGUGUGUGUGUGUGUCUGACUGUGUGUGUGUUUUGUGUCUGACUGUGUUUGUCUGUGUAUGUGUCUGACUGUGUGUGUGUGUCCGACCGUGUGUGCGUGUGUUUGUGUCUGACUGUGUGUGUGUGUGUGUGUGUCUGACUGUGUGUGUGUGUUUGUGUCUGACUGUGUGUGUGUGUUUGUGUCUGACUGUGUGUCUGACUGUGUGUUUGUCUGACUGUGUGUGUGUGUGUCUGACUGUUUGUGUGUGUGUGUGUGUGUGUAUGUAUUUAGAAGGUGGGGCGGGGGGAAGGGUUGGGAGGUGGUGGCGCGGGGGGUGCCUAGGGCAGCACAAAACCAGGAUACACCACUGCGUAAGGUCAUUGUCUAAGAGCUUCUCAUGCACAGUCUUCGUGCAGAAGAAUGCAUAUUGUCUCAUAGUAUUUUCUGAUAACAUGCUGCAUUCAUCUUUUCAUCAAUUUUCACAAGAUUCCCCUUGCCUUUAGAGCUCACAUCCCCCCCAAAACAUGAGUAUGCCACCACCAUGCUUCACAGCGGGAAGGGUAUGCUUUUCACUAUAUGCUUUGAUGACCUAUCUCCAAGCAUAGCGCUUAUGGUAGUGACCAUAAAGCUCUAUUUUGGUCUUGUCACUCCAAAUAACGGUGUGCCAGAAGCUAUGAAGCGUGUCAAGGUAUUGUCUGGCAUAUUGUAACUUGGCUAUUUUGUGGCGUAGGCGCAAAAAAAAAGACUUCUUUCUGGUAACUCGACCACGCAGCUCAUUUUUCUUCAAUUAUUGUCAUAUUGUGCUCCUUGAAACAACCACACCGUCUUUUUCCAGAGCAGCCUGUAUUUCUCCUGAGGUUACCUGUGGGUUUUUCUUUGUAUCACGAAAAAUUAUUCUGACAGUUGUGGCUAAAAUCCUUCUUGGUCUAUCUAACCAUGACUUGGUAUCAAGAGAUCCCCGAAUUUCUCACUUCUUAAUAAGUGAUUGACUGGCAUUUUCAUGGCGUUGGAUAUCUUUUUAUAUCCUUUUCCAUCUUUAUAAAGUCCCAUUACCUUGUUACACGGGACUUUUGACAGUUCUUUUCUGCUCCCCACGACUCAGUAUCUAGCCUGUUCAGUGCAUUCACGUUAGAGCUAACAAACUCAUUGACUAUUUAUACACAGACACUAAUUGCAAUUUAAAAAGCCAUAGGUGUAGAAAAUUAACCUUUAAUUGCCAUUUUAACCUGUGUGUGUCACCUUGUGUGUCUGUAACAAGGCCAAACAUUCAGGGGUAUGUAAACUUUUGAGCAUGGUCAUUUAGGUGGUUUCAGUUAUCAUUGUGAUUUAAAAAGGAGCCUUUCUGAUAUAAAACAGCUUGAUAUGAUCACUAUCCUUCAAUAAAAUAAAUUUUUUUUUUUGCAUGAUCAGUCAUAUUUUCAAAAUUAAUGCCAAAAUUUUACAAUUUAUGCCAUGGUAUGCAAACUAUUUGCUUAAGAGUACUUGAUAUUAAAGAGGAUAAGGCUGCAGAUACAGUUCCUCAGUCCUAAAAUAAAGUUGAAACUAAAUGGAAAACAGGGAGAUAAGAUCGAUUGAGCAGGGCCUUCAUCAAAUCCCCCUUUUAUAGCUGUAAAGCGCUCCCUUAUAUGUUGGUGCUAGAUAAUGAUGAUAAUAAUAAUAAGAACAUUGGUGUGUAAUAGAUAGUGAGUAGGUAAGUGAUUAAGAAGCGAGAAAAUCGAAUGAAAACAAAACACAGAUGAAUCUUGGGGCUGUUUGGUAAAGUUUAUAAAUGUGAAUGUGGUUUUACAAUUUUGUGUACUUUGAAUAAAUGCUGGAAAAUCAGUAAAACGGAUUCCUCUUUAUGGUUUUCUUGCAAGAAAAACAUAAAAGACGUACAUUUAAACCAGAAAGACAUAAUUAUAAAGAAUGAUUUCUAAUAUAGUACCUGAUAAUAUUGUCAUGAGAGUAAGAACCCUGAAUACGAGGCGAUUGCGUGUCGGGUGCAUUGCUGACUUAAUUUGGUUUCUCCCUUUCUUUAUCCCUGCUAUUGGAACAAUUCAGCUGAAACAUAUGUAGGUGUCAGAAUAGACCAUUAAUUUUAAAAUAUAGGGAAAAUCAAGUACCCACCAGUUUUGGUAACAAUUUCAUUCUGUCUAUUGUGGGAUUACAUUUUUGGAUGCAGUGUACACCCCCUAGUGGAGAUAUGAUGAAAUGACAUAUCUUACUAUUACAAAUGGCCUCUGAAUAUAGGAACUGAUACCUUAAUCUUUUAGAUAGUGCUCUCUAGUAGUGAUGUAGUGAAUUGCUGCUCCUUAUUAUCUUAACUGCUCUUGUGAACGUGAAGUAAAACUCUUCUAAAUUUAGUUGUUAUGGUGCCAAGAGGUCCUCUGUCACUUGAGGGGUUAAACAAUUCUGGAAUAGUUUAACCCCAAAAGCUCCUCCAUCACCGGAUCUUCUGAUACACCCAUUGCACCAGGCUUCUGAAAAUUAGUUUCAGGUAGGGCAGACAGGGUCUCAGCUGAUUGGCUAGAGCAGUUAGCUGACACUCUAAGUCAAUCAGCAGCUCCCCAUUCAUAAAAAAGUUAUGUUCCUUUAGUAACUUGAGUUUUGUUUUGUUUUAUCUCAUACAUAUUAUUUUGGUGGUGACAGUUAAAAUUUUGGUAAAGAUUGGAAGAAAAAUAAAUUUUAAAGUAAAUAUAUUGUAACAAACUUGUAAUAAACUAUGUGAUGGACUAAAUCUUAACAGACUUUAGUGAAGAGCUUCCCUACUUCGUUUCCCCAGUUUAACCGAACACAAUAUUUCGCCCUUGGUUCAGUAUUUUCAUUUGACCGAACACUGACCACCCCCCUGGCUCGUUAACUUCAAAAGAAACGCCUAACUCAAGAGCUCUCUCUGGGUGGCUGCCAUUCGAAAAACUGACCACACGUGCUCUAGUAAAUGGUAGCCAUUUUGUCUCCCCAACGCAGGCAGAAGUAUUUGGUCAUCGAGUGUGUGGAACUGUAUUUCAGAUGCUUUGACUAGCAAACCCCGGGGAAAAUCAUACCAUUGCCUGCUCCAUUCCCAGACAAGUCAGGAGAGAGCUAUGCAUGGAAAAAGACACUCCCGAACAAGGAGAACAUUCACCCCCUAUGAGCCAGGGGGAUCCGUCAUUUAUAUUUGUAUAGGAACUCCCGGCCGCUAUCUCUUUUCCCCUGGAACUAUUUUGGGGAGCAGCCACAUGUUAGAUUGGUCAAAACUUUACCCUGGUGGCGAUUCGGCUAUACUACAUUUUUUUUUUUGCUUAAAGGAAAUAGUUUACAAAAGCUGCAGUUCUUGUGACAUUAAGAACUUGGAAUCUUGUGACUGCAGCCUUUGUAAGCCCCUCUCUUUUUUUUCCCAGAAGAGACUUUCAGUUUCUUCACAAAGAAAUAACCAAUCAAAGGCACGCAUGUUGAGUGCACAUAUAUAGGCGCGCGCAUGCACCCGGUCGAAUGUGCAGGGAUGAAGGUGUCAAGCUGGUCUGAGGUCUGUAAGGGAGGGAGGAGAGGCAGGCACACUCAAGUAGAGCAUGCCUGCAUCUUCCCUUAGCUCAGGGAGCUAACGGAAGUAGGAAGGAAUCCUCCCUGGCAGUUUUAUUGACAGCCAGGGGGGAGUUCCCUGGUUAAUUUAUAUCAGUGCUAGAAAUCAGCACUUUUAUAAACUGGGGUUAAAUGAGGAUGCUGAUGAAGGUAAAACCUUAGUCAUGUUUUGGCUGAUGCUUGGGAACACAAGAGCAAUAUCACACCUUCACUCUGCGGGACUAGGGAGACUCUUCAACGGAUAUACUUAGCCGGAGUAUAGGGGAUCUGUUACAUAUAUUCCUUGGGUUUUAUUUUUUUAUUUUUUUUAGACAUUAGCAUUAUUGAAAAACUCUGACUGUUCUUCUCAAUGUGUAACAAUAAUUUUGGCCUGCAGAGCCAAAAGUCCAUGACAUUCAUUGCUUUGUUAGCAGGUGGAUUUUAUCUGCCACCAAUAUAUUUAUUUCUAGACAUUUUCUACAAGUGAAAAUAUCAUCUAACAUCAUCUAAUUUAUUUUCUAAUGUUUAGGUAUGUUCCAACUGGGGCCCACUUCUCAGUUUGCUAUAAAAGAAGGAGAUGUUGAUAAAAAAUACGAUACCAGCUUCCUGUAUGCAGAGGUAAAUGCAGAUGUGCUUGUUUUCAUUGAACAAAAUGAUGGAAGUAUCACAAAAGGAUCUACAGAUACUGUAUCCAUUGGCCCUCUUAUUUGCACUAAGGCAGUUGGCAUGAAUUCUAUGAAUAACGUCACACAGGAAUACAAACAUAGAGAAGGUAAUAUUUGGACUUCAAAUCUUCAACAAGAUAACUUAAACAUAUUGAUCAAUUCAAAUUCUAAUAUGAAAUCAUAUGUUUUUACCGUUUCUGUAGGUACACCAGAAGAAAGACAGGUUUAUAGCAAAGCUCGGAGUUUAACCAGUGGAGCAGUAGGAUUUGUAGCCUUGUCUUCUGCAGGAGAAACUGCUACAGCUCCUAACAGUGACCCUGUGGUGUCUGGAAAGAUAAUCAUCAAUGGAACCCCCACUGUAGGGGAUGAUAUCAAUGCUACUUUGUUUCUGAAGAACUUGACCUUGGCUAACAAAAAUGUCACUGCCAAUGUGAAUGCAAGUGCUAUUGUAUACAACAAACGUGUGAGACGGACAGUUUUCUCAGAUUCUGUAGCAGUACAACUGGGCCCUAAUGAAGGUAUUUAUUCAUUUUGGAAAAGCAAAACUAAAUAAGCAAGCUCUACAGCCAAGAGAUUUUUACCUAUAUUAGAUGAACAGGGAGACAAAAAAAAAACAAAAAAACAGUGGACAAGAGAAUACUGAGAACAGACAACAACUCAAAUAGUUUGGUGGGUCCACACUCUGUUCUCAAGCUGGUUUUAGCUAAUUUUGAGCCAUUUCAGAGAGAACUUAAACCAUUUGCAUAUCAUACUGGACCCACACAAAAUGGCGGUACAAAUCCAAAAUGCAGGCUGGCUCCUUCUGCACUAAAGAUACAGUAACCUCAGACCAUCGUUUCAGCCUUGGUACACCUCGCCAGUGAGGUAUAGGCACAAUGAGCAAGCGGUCCAUUUUGGAUUACCUUUUACCCUCAGGGAGAGCCAACAAACUAAAAACAGGCCCUAUUCUCUUAUGCUAUGUUUUUGCUUCUCAUGUGUGAAAAAAGAGCCAUAUUGCUAAAAUUAAAUUGCCUGUUUUCCUGUUCUGUUAUAUAAUGGACAAUGUCUGUUUUCACAAGAUGAAAAAAUGGUCUUAAUCAUUAUCAUAUGGGAAAACCAAAGUGUUCAGGUUUAUGCACUUGUCUCAUAGGAGCAGGAACAGUUCAAGCACCUCAUUCAUUGAGAGCUGGGAGCUAUCAGCUCUAAACUGGAGCUGUGGUGCAAGGCUCAGCUCAUUGACUGAUAGCAAUCAGCUGCAAAUGCUUUGAAUAUUUGGACUGGGAGGGAGCCAGUGCAAAUCUAGUGGUUAUGGUUGUUGGAAUGUUGCUAUAGGGUGUCUGGAAUGGAUUAAGCUCAUACUUUUAAGGGCCACUCUAAACACCAUAACCACUACAGCUUGUGUUUUUGACUGGUUUGACACAAACUGAGAGUUCUCCAGGAAACAGUGGCACAACCAUUCUCUUAAAAAUUGCUAUUACUGCAAUAUCAAAUUUGGAUGCAAUUCAGUGACUAAGCACAACAUAAUACACCAGUAAGAACAAGGAUAGUGGUGAGAGCACUCAAUAAAAAGAAAUAAAAGUUUUUUAGACCAGUAAUCUGCAGGGGCCAUAACUAAUGACCAUCAAGAAUAUUUUAUUUCAGUGUUUCAUGAAAUGUACAUAAUGAUUUUUGUCUGUAAUAAUUACAAUAGCAUAAUUUAAACAAACAUAAAGUAUAUAUAACAUUUUUUAUAAGUGUGUAUAUAUAUAUAUAUAUAUAUAUAUAUAUAUAUAUAUAUAUGUAUUAUUUGCACAUAUUCUGUACACAAACACCCGAUUAUUUAUGUAUCCAUUAUGCUAGCACAGUAAUCACACAUACAACCAACAUCUGAUAAAAUGAUAAAAUAUAAAUAUUGUGUGAGGUAAAGGCAUUAUCAAUAUCUACUAAUGGUCUAGUAUGGGGAACUCGUUGAGGUAGAGUCAAGGGCAUGAACUAAGUUUUUUGAACAUUAGCAGUGGUAGCUCCCCAGAUAUUAUACAACUGAAAAGUCCAUGAUGUCUUGCCAUUCGAGAGCAUCAUGGAAGUUGUAGAUCCGUAAGAUCUGUGUGGGUCUACCUUUCACCCAGCACCUCACUGACGCUCCAUGUAAAAAUCAAAGAACAAGCUCAUUGUAGUUGUCAAGUUUAAGAUAUUCUUAACAUAGGAAACCCCAGGCCAUGGACCUUAGCACCACACCACUAUCUAUUUAUGUUCUAUUAAUUUGAAUCACUGUUUCCUGAGCAAAGCCUCAGUCUGACUCAGAAGCUCCAAUGUGAUAAAAAUGUGAUGAGGGACAAUGGCAAGUUUGUAGAAACUACAUAAAAUGCUAAAUCCAAAAGUGUUAACAUACUCAUGCUCAUUUCACCUUCAACGGACCAUUUACUACAAGCUUACUGUUUAGAUUAUUAUUAAACAGCCACCACUGUGACUAUCCCAACCAAUUACACCAUAGUUUGAGAUGCUUUGGCUCAGUUCCAAAAGUCACUAUUUAAAUAUUAUCAUGUGUUUUGUACCACCCAGAAAAUCCCUUUUUGUGAGACUUUGAAAGGGCAUUAUUUUUUGUCAAAUAUUUUGUUAUGGGUGGGGGAUGUCAUUAACAUUUUUGUACACUUUGUUUUCCAUUAUUCUACUCUGUAGAAAAACCAGUCGCAUUACAAAUUCUUUAUUCUCAAUAUGAAAACUCGCUGACAACUGAUAAGAUGAUCCAAGUGUGCAGUGUCUGCCAAGUUGAAGGUUGGGGGGAGCUGUAUGUCGAAGCAAACAUCACACUUCAGAAUCCUCCCAUGGAAAUAAAGGUUACAUUCUUCUCUGUCUGUCCUGUGUGUCUGUCUGUGUCUAUCUAUCACUCUAAUUACCCAAUCACUCUGUUUCUGUCUAUCCCUCUAAUCUUGUAAUUAGGUAUAAACUAAGAAAGACGUGUUUCAAAGCUCUAUUUAUCUGUAACUAUCUGUCAGUGUUUAAAUCUAAUCUACUGAUUUCUAGAAUGUAAGAAGAGAAUGUCAUACUUCAUGGUUCCUAUGGAAAACUCAAAUUCUAACAAACAAUUACAUAUCUUUACAAUAGGCAGUUGGUUACAAUUUGGUAUAAAGACUUGCUUGGUCAUUGCAAAGGGCUAAUGCCCCAGAUGUCACACUACGAAGCCCUGGAUUUGACUUUAUUUAUUGGCAGCUAGCCCUUUCAGUUCUUAGGUUGCAGCCUUUGACCAACUUCAACAGACCCAAUACCUACAUUUAUUCCAUCUUUAAAUCAGGAGGCAAAUUGCCUCGUAAUUAUAGAUGGAUCUAUGAUAUUGGGAAAUACAUUUGUGAUAUAUCCUUGAUUUGAUUGUAUCGAAGCAGUGACACGUUUUCGGACACUGCUCCCUCGCAGUGCAUUCUGUUUGUGAACAGCCUGUCAAAAGUGUGGUGAAUGUGAAGGUAUGAUGAGCUUCAUACAAACAGUGCUUUGAAACAAACAGCAACAGAGAGUGGGCCAAAAGAGUCACAGCCUACUGCUGCUACCAAUAACAUGAAUUCGUUCACUGUCUCCUGUAUUACCAAUAUCCAAUUAAGAUCCAGGAAUGCCCAACUGUGCUUCAGUGUUGCAACUCUGGAAAUCAACAUGUGUAACUUUAGUAAAACCAAUGUUUUGUUUAAUCAAAAGUAUCAGGUAAAACAAUAAUGAAGAUCAAUAACAAAAUUCACCAACUCACACAUUGUGUGUGAAUCUCUCACACCAUUAGAUCACAAGGUAAGCCAGGAGAAAGGUAGAGGAUUUGGGUUAAGUAAUAAGGAGGUAUGUAGAUGAAUGUGCAAAGAAUAGAUGAUGCAUUUAAGGGAAGUUGGACUGUUACCCCUAAGUUUGGAAAGUAGUUUCAGCAGAUCCCAGGUGGGAUAUGUGAGGUUUCUGUCCAAAAGAGUGCAGUUCUAGGAAUCUUUGGACUCCCAGGUCUCUGGUAGAGGAACCGAGAAUUAAGAAUAAUGCCAAAAUACCACACAGAAGGGUGAGAAAAUAAUUUUUUCAUGAUAUAAACAAACACCCGAGUGCUUUUGUCCAAAAAAGUAUUGACUUAACAGAAUUAUAGAGUGUUUAAAUAUCUUAUACAUUAAAUGCUUAUGUAUAUUGGAUUGAUUUUUCAGGCUCUUGGACCAGCUGUUUUGGGUACACCGUUACAAUUGGAAGUCACAUUCACUAACCCUCUCUCCAUGCCAGUGGCUGAUUGUGUACUGACAGCAGAGGGCAGUGGUGUAACACAUGUGAUCCAUAAAAGGCAAGUAUAACUUUAGUGGGUAGACGUAAACAUAAUAAUUUGAAAUAUAUCGUAAAAUUAACAAAAGAUUUAAAAAUGGGCACAUGGGCAAGUUUGUAGUGUAUCAUUUUAUUUUAUUUUUGUGUAUAGAAACGUGUCAUAAACCCUUCACUACAUUAUAUUCUUUAAAGAAAAUAGCAUAACAUUUGAAAUAUGGAAUGUAUAGCUAACAUAUUAACACUGUUUAGAAUUAUACUUUUGUAUAUACAUUGCUGUUCAGAGACAUUUAAUGAAUAUAUUCUGUAAAUGUUCACAAUUUUUUUUUUUUUUUUUAGCAUUCAAAAAUAUCAGGAAAUUACAUGUUUUAGAUAUAUUGUCCUUAUCGUUUACCUAUUUUAAAUAUAGAUAGAUACUCCUUACCUUACAAUAUUUCGGUAAGGGUCAGGGGCAAGCAUGUCAAACUCAAGGUUAGCACGGGCCAAAUAAACAAAGUUUGGUUUAUUUUGAAAAGUACAGUAUAAAAAAAACAAAAAAACAGCAUCCCUCUCUUCUAAACCCCAGCACCCUCUUCUACUAAACCCAAGCCCCCCCCCGCUACUAAUCCACAGCCCCCUCUCUAUAUUUAAACCCAGUCCCACUCCCUCUUUACUAAAUCCCAGCAACAUGUUUAAAAAAACAAAACAAAAAAACAAUAUUAGCCAACAAGCAGACUUCCCUCACAUUGCCGCUGUCAGUAUGCAACUCCGGAGUCCAGCCUCUGUAUACCUGCAAUGGCGCUGUACGCACACUGUGCCAAAGUGGAUCCUCCCACUACUCCUUGAAAACCUGUGAAGGUGGAGCACAUCGAUGUCCCGUGUGAAUGUGACGUGUCGUUGCGUGCCUCCGUGCACCUCCAGGUUGCCCACUAUCCUGUCGCAGCCAUCGCAACACUGACCGACACACACUCACUGACAGACACACACACUCACUAAGAGACACACACUCGCUGACAGACACACACUCACUCACUGACACUCCCUUCCUGCUCGAUUACACCCAUGAAGUUUGACCUACAAAAGUUGAUGUAUAGUGUAGGAGGAAUGUGUCAUACACAGUCCCAAUUAGAAAUGUAAUAAUUAUUUGUUAUAUUCUCACAGCAUUGGAGUUUUGGAACCUGCACAGACGAUUUCUGUCACUAUAGACACUAUGCCCUAUAUGUCUGGAACUAAGCAACUGCUAAUCAUUUUCACCGCAGACAAGUUUCACAUGAUAAAGAAUUUUACUACUAUCGAAAUAGCUGAAGGCUGAUGUCACAGAAGUUUCCUCGUACAAGCUACUCCAUUCAGUUACAGUUUUUAACAAUUACAUUAAGUAAAAACUUUGUAGAAUGUCCAUAAGCAUGUGCUCAGUACACUAUAUAAUAAGUAAACCUCCUAAUUCACCAAAGCGACUAAUGCAUUUAUAUUUAUCAAAUUGUAAUUAUCUAAAGCUUUAAUAAAGUUACCAUUUUGCAUUAUUAUGCAUAUCUAUAAGAAUGCGUCAUAUUUAUUUUAUGAAUGGUCUCUCUUUUGACCUCGACAUAUCUUCAGUUAUCCAAUAUAUGUGAACAACAGUGUCGGGUAAUUAGAAAGUAUACAUUUCUUAAAAGGGGCGGCUUUGUAGUUAUUGAUGUUUUUAUCUAGGUAUAGGAAGCAGUGAAACCUGGUUGUGCGGACUCUAUGUUAUCACUUUAAUUUCCCUCUAUCAAUAAUUUAAAUUGGAAAGAGAUUAUGAGGACAGAGUCCAAUUUACAUGUCAGGUGCCUGUAGGCACAGAAUUCUAAGGUGAAAAUUAACUUAUUAAUGGUUUGCACCCUUACCUGGAACCCACAGUGCUCCAUAGAAGAUCCGUGAAUUAGGAAUACACAAUAUACUACCCAGAGUGUCCAGUGACCUGCUUUUGGCUUCUGCCGCGGUCAACAUUUAUUGACUGAGAGCAACAUAAGUAGAAUUGACAUUUGCCAGCACAGAACACCCCUUUGGCAACAGAGGAGUUAAUUUCUUGUGCAGCGUUUCAAAGUGAAAAGCUGCACAGACUCCAGUCACUAUGACCACUUCAAAUCACUUAAGUAACCCUUUAAGUAACCCUUUAAGCUUCAAAACGGUUCUCUAGUCUACAAGUGCUGAAAACAGGCACCGCCUUGUGGACAUGCACCUAUAGGCAGGUGCUUACUCUGCCUAAUAAGAAAUCCAACCUUGUGUUCUGUUGGUAGAAAGUACUAGGUGUAGCGGGUCUCAGAAUCAUGGCUGAAUAUACCCACUUAAGUCUGCUUCCACCCUCCAACCACCAACUGUUUAACCUUUCACUGGUUCCAGGGCAAUAUCAGCGUAUCAUCUGCUAAAGUUGUUCGAGCUACUCACAACAUUCAUGCACCAGGGGAUCAAUAG